AAUUAGAACAAAUGCUCGCUUCUUUUUCAAUAUUCAUUCACACUUAGCUUUGCAAGACAAAGUGCAAGAAGCGCUUGCCCUCGUUUAGAAAUUAACCCGUUCCCUGAGGCGUUUCCUACAGUCACGGAAUCCGCACGGAUUACGCGGAAAGUUGUAAAUUUUACGAAGAGCCCGUUUAUCUUCGCACAACGAGCUAUUUAGUGCGCUCAUUAGAGGGUUCGGGGUAACGCGCGGAUGUUUAUUCAUAACGCCGAUUUUUCCAUGUACGUACGUGGGGGACCGUGCGGAGGUUCUCUCACUCGCGAAUCGGUCAAACCAUAGCGUAGACGUGGCGCGCGAUAAAUUAAACAUAAUGGUGCAAACGGUGUACGCCUGCGCGUGUAUACCGCGGAUUCUUCUCGCGACCCGCGCCUGUGAAACGCCCCGAGGCGCCCCGGGUUCACCGACACCAUCGCGCUCUUACAGACUACGGUGUCAUUAAAAUCAAACUGAAAUUCGCUCAUUAUCGUUAUUAAAACCGCUCAUUAUUAAGGUUACAUGUAGAUAACGAAAUAAGAGAAAAUGACAAAAUAGAAGUGAACCAUUCGAAAUAUUGGGAUUUUAAUCAUUUAUAAAAAUACAGGAUUUUAAAAAAUUUACUUGAAAAUUAAAAAUCUUUCUGAUUCUAUUAAAAUUGCGCGCUGAUUCUAUCUACUCGUUUUGUAUUGUGAGUAUGAGUUCUUGUUAUAAAAACAGAGCUAAACUUUAAACAGAGACUUAAAAUAGAAACGGCUGAGAAUCUUUUAAUUUUAUCUUAAUUGUUAUUUUAAAGAGAGAUAGAAUCAAAUCGUUUCAACGCGCGGUAAUUGAGAGUUUUACAAAAUUGUAAAUUCCUCGAGCAAUCUUAGGACUUCGUUUUUCUGCUUUCUGAUUUCUAUAGAAAUAUGAAGUGCAGAAGCGCUGGCAUUCCUUCGGGGUCUUCGACGUGUUCAUAAUAUAGAUACUCGGCUAACAUCUCCCUGGAUCCUAUGAAUUUUUCUCUUCCGCGGUUUGGCGUAACGAUCCAUGAUGCACGGUGCAAUCUUUUGAGGCAUCGAGCAGCGAUCCAUGAGACUCUUCAGAUCUAGCUUCCGUGAAUUUGAGCAACGAUCUGUUUACUGUAAGCGAUGACGAUUCUGUCUGCAACCUGAUCGUCUAUUUACGGAACGACCGAUGUGUAGCGCAUGAUAUGGAAAUCUUUAUGAACGACUCUCUUUUACUUUUCCUACAAACGGUUGCUGCAGUCAAAUGACUCGAAAUCACUCGGCGAUUGUUUCUCGUUUUUACAACUUUGAAAUGCGCUCAGAUGAAUCAUUUCUAUCUUUCAUUUUUUGUUUUUAAGAACGCUUAUUCGAUCGUCAUUAAUGGCAUUCAAUAUGUCGCUGGUUAUAUUACGUUAUUGCAUUACUGACGAUUUGCUCCGGUAAUUGAUUUUUAUGCACCUAUGUGGCAGAGGACUAUCUGAACCGUAACUUUAAAUUACUUUGUGUAAUAUCGUUCUGAUGAGGAAAUUAUACUCGAUGCAAAGCUGAAUGUAGAUUUUAUAUAGACGUAGUGUUCAGGCGAACGGACUUCACUUCGUAUCUAAUCAUUAUCUGGUUCAACCAGUAUCGUUGACCCUUUCAGGAAGGAUACCUGUUACCUUGAAGAUAAUAUCAAUGAAUUCUUUUAGAACAGCCGUUGAUAGCAUUUGCGAGGAACGUUCAUCCGGCGCUGUCCAACUGUUAAUACGUGGUUAAUAACUCUUUCAUAAUUUAUUUCAUGCCUGUUGGUCUUAUUGUUCCUUCAGUCUGCGAUAUCAUCUUUAUUAAAUUGUACACAGCGGGGGGGCAUUAAUUUAAGAAGCAAAAAUCGGAUUGCGUGAUUUAACAUUAAAUUUAAUUAGUUUCUCUUAGAAAUCUUGAAGUUAUUUUAAUAUUAUUUUUCAAAAAUAAUAUAUUUUUGUACAUUAUACUGCGUGAUUCUUGAUAUCUUCAAAUUGUACCAACGAUUAAUUAUUAUUGUUCGUAACAUUCCCAAGUUGUUGCAGUAGACAUAGGAUUUUUUAUAGCUGAUCGAAGGGUUUGGAGCCCGUUAACCUUCCAAAUAUACAUGAAACGCCGGCUCUACCUUCGCGAGAUAACGCUAACUGACCUUUACCUACAGUAUCGUCUAUCCAGGGAGACACUUGAACCGUGGCUAUCUGUGUCUCGCGUACAUAUACCUUAUACAGACCUUCGUGCAAGCCGAAGAUUGGUUCCAGGCGUUGAGCUCACUGACUUGCUCGCGCACGUAGUGACUCUACCGCGGGGUCUAGUCCCUGUCGUGGGAGUGCAACAGAGCGAGACGGAAAUAUCUCGGGCGGUGAGCCGCGCGAAAGCGCGAGUGAGAACAGGUGAGAAAACAAGCGCGCACGAGAAAGAGAGAGAGAGAGAGAGAGAGAGAAGAGGGAGGAGGAGAAGGAGGGCCCGAGAGAGGGAGAGGGUACGUGUACGUAAGCGGCGAGAGAGGAGUUCUCUCAUGUAGAAGGAAAAGGAGAGGAAGGGAGCACUCACAGAAAGAGAGAGGCGAAGCAACCAAGAGCCGAGAGGACGGCCGGCCAAUGAGACACCAGGCCGGCGAUGACGUCGUCGUUGUCUCACAUCCGAGUCUCACCAAAAGUCUUCUCCGGGUACCAGUUCGUCCGCGGUCUCCCGGCUGGACGAGGAGGUCGUCCUCAUCACCCAUCGUGUGGUCGCCGUUUUUUUUUUUUUUUUUGGUUUCUUUCCUUGCGCAGUGAAACAUAAACUCAGCCAAGAUUGCAUCCUGGAUACGCGGAGGGAUUGAGGCGGAAGGAGGCUGCUGCUGUCAGCCAUGGGGACGGCAAAGAUGAAACAUCUUUGGCCGUUGCUGACGUGGAUACUUCUAGCUUCGUAUCCGGUCGAAUCUCGCAGAGGACUCGGCCCUGGAUCGAGGCGAGAAGUAUUCUUCCUAAACCUCGAGGACGGCUACUUUGGCUGCCAAGUCAACGAGUCGACGGACGUCCUUCAGCUGCUCGAGCUCUCGAAGCUCUGUGAUCAUCGCGUCGAUUGUUAUCAGGGCGUGGACGAGCAGCGCAACAGGUUAAAGUGCACAGACGAUUGUACAAAAGAAGACGGCACCAAGUGUCAAAACGGUGUCUGUCUGGAUUCAGUCUGUCACUGUAACGAUGGGUUUGGAGGAUGUAACUGUCAAGUUCCAGACGAGAACGAAUGUAAAUAUCGGCCCUGUGAUAUAUUUGCCCACUGUACAAAUACUCUUGGCAGCUUUCAAUGUUCCUGCUUUCCCGGAUACCAAGGCGAUGGAUUUCAUUGCGAGGAUAUCAACGAAUGCAACGACCCAACGAUCGCCGCGCGUUGCGUCGAGAAUGCCGAGUGUUGCAACCUACCCUCGAAUUUCCUGUGUAAGUGCAAAUCCGGCUACAUCGGCGACGGCGAGGUGCAUUGCGAGGACGUGAACGAGUGCGCGGUACCGGGUGCGUGCGGCGACAAUACCGUGUGCCACAACACACCCGGCAAUUAUACCUGCACGUGUCAGGACGGAUUCACGGGAGACCCGUUCAACAGUUGUAUCGAUAUUGACGAAUGCAAAUACGAGGGUGCCUGCGGAAGGGGUGCGUUAUGCGUGAAUGUACCAGGCGCGCAUAAGUGCGAAUGUGCCGACGGAUACGACGGAAGUCCCGAGGAGGAAUGCAGGGACAUCGACGAGUGCCUGAGGAGUCCUUGCGGACGUUCCGCUCUUUGCACGAACGUACACGGUAGCUUCCGGUGUUCCUGUCCCGAUGGAAUGGCUGGUGAUCCGAUGACAGGUUGCCACGAUGUGGACGAAUGCCAGGAGAGCUCGCCCUGCGGUGCGGAAUCGGAGUGCGUGAAUACCGAGGGUAGCUACGAGUGUAGAUGCCACGUCGGCUACCGGAUGGACUCCGCGCACCGUUGCGUCGACGUGAACGAGUGCAUCGGCGGGGACGCUUGCGCGGCGAACGCGAGGUGCAUCAACGUCCCGGGCUCGUACAAGUGCAUCUGUCCCCCGGGUUUCGUCGGUCAGGGACUAACCCGCUGUGAAAACGUGAACGAAUGCGAGCGCAACCCCUGCGGCGAGAACGCCGAGUGCAUCGACACGAUCGGCAGCUUUGUCUGCAGCUGCAAGGCGGAUUACACCGGCGAUCCUUUCAAGGAGUGCAGCGAUAUCAACGAGUGCACGGCUUUGGAGAAUCCUUGUGGCAAGAACGCGAUUUGCAAGAACGAAGAGCCUGGUUACAAUUGCCUCUGUCCGCCGGGGUACAGUGCCAGCCCCGGUGCCAGUCCGGCAGUCGCUUGCGAUCAGACCGACGUGACGACUCUCUGCAAAUCGAAUUUCGAUUGCGUCAACAAUGCCGAGUGCAUCGAGGGACAAUGUUUCUGUAAGGAUGGCUUCAAAGCCGUCGGUGCCGAAUGCGUGGAUUUGGAUGAGUGUCUCAAUAAUCCCUGUGGACCUGCGUCGAUCUGCACGAACACUAGAGGAAGCUACCAUUGCGAGUGCGAGUCUGGAUUUGUUGGCACUCCGCCCUACAUACCGUGUAAAGCACCAUGCGAUGAGGUAACUUGCGGCGAACAUGCCUUCUGUAAGGCCGACGGUCACGAAGCUUAUUGCAUUUGCGAAGACGGCUGGACCUUUAAUCCAAACGACAUAGCGGCUGGAUGUAUCGACAUAAACGAAUGCGAUGCGAUAAAUGGACCUUCUGGAAGAUGCGGUAGAAAUGCCAUUUGUACAAAUACACCUGGUGGUUUUAGUUGUCAAUGUAAAGUUGGAUAUUCAGGAAAUGCCUUCAAACAAUGUAUAGAUAUUGACGAGUGUAACAAACCUGACGUUUGCGGGCACGGAGCAACGUGCACCAAUGCCGAAGGUUCUUACGCUUGCACUUGUCCGGAAGAGACCAUACCGGAUCCCGAUCCUUACAUCAAAUGCGUUGGCAUAGUCAGAUGCGAAGUUGACGACGAUUGUCCAGGAAACGCUAUUUGUGACCAACAAAAGAGAUGCUUAUGCCCCGAGCCCAACGUCGGAAACGAUUGUAGACAUCCGUGCGAAGAUCUGUCUUGCGGACCCAAUGCGCACUGCAUGCUUCUGAACGACGUGGCGACGUGCCUCUGCAGCAAUGGCUACACCGGAAAACCCGGAGUGAAGGACGGUUGCCGAGACAUCAACGAGUGUGCGAUAAAUCCGUGUCCCCCGGGCGCAAUUUGCAACAACGAGCCCGGCUCGUUCUCGUGCCAGUGUCCGAGCGGCAUGACGGGCGAUCCUUACAGCGGCGGUUGCCAGGAAUCUAAAACACCUCACGUAUGCGGCCCUAGUGCGCCCUGUCCCGCCGGAGAGCAGUGCAUCAAGGAUGAAUUCGUGGGUAGCAGCGUGUGCAUCUGCCAACGCGGUUACACGCGCGACCACGAAACCGGUAAAUGCAGAGACAUCAACGAAUGCAUGGAGCUCAGAGAGAAGCCUGCCUGCGGGGUUAACGCGAUUUGCAAGAAUCUUCCCGGCAGUUACGAGUGCCAGUGUCCGCCAGGCUUCAACGGAAAUCCCUUCUCGCUUUGCGAAGAAUGCAACAGCAUCGAGUGUCAAUGUCAACCACCGUACAAGAUCGUCAACGGUAAAUGUAUGCUGGCCGGAUGUUCGAAAGGCGAAAAAUGUCCAAGUGGUGCGGAAUGUAUAACAAUUGCCGGUGGUGUCAGUUAUUGCGCCUGUCCCAAAGGAUACACGACCAAGUCCGACGGCUCCUGCGAAGAUAUAAAUGAAUGCAUCGUGGGUCAUCAAGUCUGCGGUUACGGUGCCGAGUGCAUCAAUCUACCAGGAUCGCAUAAGUGCGUGUGCCCUCACGGAUACGGAGGCGAUCCGUACAACGGGCUCUGUUCUCCGGCGCAGAAGAGAUGUACCAACGACCAUGAGUGCAAAGCUAACGAGAAGUGCGUGCAGCCCGGAGAGUGCGUGUGCCCACCGCCGUUCUACACGGAUCCUUUGGACGGAAACCUUUGCAAGAAUCCUUGCGAUCGUUUUCCGUGCGGUAUGAACGCGAGGUGCACACCGAGCGAUCCGCCGCGGUGCAUGUGCGAGGCUGGCUUCGAGGGCGAUCCACAGCACGGAUGCGUCGACGUGAACGAAUGCGCGAACAAUCCUUGCGGACAUGGUGCGUAUUGCAUCAAUACGAAGGGAGAUCACACGUGCGAGUGUCCCAAAGGUAUGAUCGGCGAUCCUUACGGUGUCGGCUGUACUGGAGUCCCAGUUGGGAAGAGCGAGUGUUUGUCGAACGACGAUUGCGAGAACUACCUGGCAUGCGUCCAAGGAAGUUGCGUCAAUCCCUGCGACAAUGUCCCCUGCGGUCCUAACGCAUACUGCGAGCCUGAUAAACACGCAGCGUGGUGCAGAUGUGUGAUUGGAUUCACGGAAGGCAGAAAUAACGAAUGCGUCUCACAAUGCGACGGUUUUGUUUGCGGUGGCGGGGCUCAAUGUAUUGUUAGCUAUGACGGGCCAACUUGUAAGUGUAUCGAAGGUUUCAUGGGCAAUCCUUUCCCCGGUGGACACUGCGUUCCCGACGUUUGCUCCUCUGAAAUUCCAUGCGCCGAACCGAGCGUGUGCAUUAGCGGACGUUGCAAACGGCGCUGCGAAGGGGUGAUUUGUGGCAUCGGAGCCAUGUGCGAUCCUUUAACGAAUAAAUGCGUGUGCAACCCGUACUUCGUUGGUAAUCCCGAUCUGCUCUGUAUGCCACCCGUUCAACCACCACACUGCGAUCCGUUCUGUGGUAAAAAUGCACACUGCGAGUACGGUCUUCAGGAAUCGAAAUGUGUCUGUAACCCGGGUACUAGUGGAAAUCCUUAUCACGGCUGCGGCGUUCAAGAGAAAUCCGAUUGCUCGACCGCGGUGUGCGGAAAAGACGCGCAUUGCAACGCGGGUCCAAACGCAGUCGAGUGUCUCUGUCCAUCUGGUUUUGCUGGCAAUCCAUACAUUCAAUGCUUCGAUAUCAAUGAGUGCAACGGAAAUGCAUGCGGCAGCAAUGCGGUGUGCAUUAAUACUAUCGGCAGCUACGACUGUCGCUGCAAGGACGGCUUCUUCGGCAAUCCGUUCGUCGGAUGUCAGCAGGUACAAGUUGGACUGUGCACUGAUCCCGCGACCUGCGUCUGCAGCAGUACCGCAUCGUGCCCCUUCGAUUACACCUGCGUCAAUCACAAAUGCGUAAAUCAGUGCAGCGACGUGAAAUGCGGUCCCAGAUCCGUCUGCCAGAACGGAGUGUGCGUAUGUCCGCCUGGUUACAGCGGCAAUCCCAACGACUUGCACAAAGGCUGCCACUUGCACGGACACUGCUCGAACGAUCUCGAGUGCGAGCCGCAAGAGAUCUGCUUCCAGGUCGGCAAGGGGGUCCGCAAGUGCGUGGACGCGUGCAGCAAGCUGCAAUGCGGACCCAACGCGUUGUGCGUCACGCAAAACCACGUGUCCUCCUGCUUGUGCGUGGACGGCUACCAGGGCAAUCCGAGUAAUCUGGUCGAGGGCUGUCAGCCGUCCAAGUCCGUGAUAUCCGGAUGCGCACGCGACUCGGACUGCUCGCCGGGCUUCUUCUGCCUCACCUUGGACGGCGGCGUGCGCGAUUGCGUGAAUCCCUGCAGCAAGGUGGUCUGCGGCGCCUAUCAGAAGUGCGAGCCCGACGUGGUGCCGGGCCACGCGACCUGCAAGUGCCAGGACGGCUACGAGUGGAACCCGGUGCUGUCGUCCUGCGAGAAGCCGUCGGUGCCCGAUUGCAUAAGUGACGACGACUGCCGGUCGAGCGAGGGCUGCAGACCGGACGCCCUCGGCGUGCUCAAGUGCACGUCGCUUUGCGACGGUUUCACCUGCACCGUCAACUCCCGCUGCGUGGCGGAGAAUCAUCACGGCCGUUGCGAGUGCCUGCCGGGCUACAACGGCAAUCCGAACGACCGCCGGGGCUGUCACAGCCCGCGCGACAACCGCUGCACCACCGACAGCGAGUGCGCGGAGGAUCGGACCUGCCGCGGCACCCCGGACGGGCCGCUCGCCUGCCUGCCGGUCUGCGACUUCGUCACCUGCGGUCCCAACGCGCUUUGCGUCGUCAACAAUCACGUGGCGAAUUGCGAAUGCCCGCCCGGGCAGUACGCUGGCGACCCGAACGACUCGGCGGCCGGGUGCCGCGCGGUGCCCUGCGUCUACAACAUCGACUGCCCGCUGUCGCAGCUCUGCAACCGAUUGACGCACACCUGCUACGACGCCUGCGACGAGAACGCGUGCGGCGUGAACGCGGUCUGCAUCGCGGACGAGCACAAGGCGAUCUGCCAGUGUCCGCCCGGUUUACGACCGAACCCGGUGCCCGAUGUCGAGUGCAUCGCCGUGGAGGCGUGCCGUCCAGAUUCCUGCCAUCCGACGGCGAUCUGCGCCACCGAUGCGACCAACAACCCGGUAUGCCGAUGCCCGCCGAAUCACGUGGGCGAUCCUUACGUGAACGGCUGCCAACCGGAGGGAUACUGCUCUAGUCCCAAGGACUGUCCGGUGCACUCCGUCUGCCACGAGCACCGUUGCAUCAAUCCGUGCGAGAACGCCUGCGGUGCCAACGCGCUUUGCGAGAUCGUCAAUGGUCAGCCGAGCUGCAAAUGCAUCCACAGAUUCGUGCCGUCCUCGAGGGGUCCGGAACACGGCUGCGUGCGGGCUACCAAUUACUGCGCGGUGGACGCAGACUGCGUCGACAGCGUCUGUCUUGAUGGACAAUGCAGGGCUGUGUGUCGUUCAGUUGCUGAUUGCUCAGACGGAGAGAAAUGCAUUAACAACAAGUGUAUGAUAUCAUGUGUCGCGCAUUCUCAGUGUCUGGUGGAUCAAGCGUGCGUUACCGGAGGAUGUAUUCUUGGCUGCCGCAGUAAUAAAAACUGCCCGACUACCGAAUCAUGUAUCAACAACAAGUGUCAAGAUCCUUGCAGUAGGAAGGACGUAUGCGGACCAAACGCAAUCUGCAGUUGCACGAAUCACGCGGUCGCGUGCACGUGUCCUCUCGGUUUCCACGGUAAUCCCACUCCGGAGCAGGGUUGCAUUCGAGUGCCAAACACGUGCCAAACUUCGCAGGACUGUCCCAGCCAGCACCUGUGCGUCGCGGGAUUGUGUCAGUGUCAAUGUUCGGAACAAAACAAUUGCGCGCAGGGCGAGCGUUGUAAGAAUGGCAUUUGUGUGAAGAUAUGUUAUGGCGACAGUAAUUGUCUACCCGGCGAAUUGUGUAUUGACGGCACGUGCGAGGCGGGUUGCACUUCGGAUGCCGGCUGUAAACGCGAUGAAGUGUGCGUUAACAACAAGUGCAGAUGCAGCCAUGGAUUUAUUGCCGGUCCCGAGCAUUGUUUAGAUAUUAACGAGUGCGAGGAUCAACCAUGUCAUCCGAGCGCCGAAUGCAUUAAUCUUCACGGGUCUUAUCGUUGUGCAUGUCCUCAUGGUACCGCAGGCGAUCCUUUAGGAUUGGGCUGUGUGCUGCCGCAUCAAUGCACCACGCACAGUGACUGCUUUGAUACUCAGGCUUGCGUUCAACAUAAUUGCUCGGAUCCUUGUUCUUUUGUCGACUGUGGCUUGAAUACUAUUUGUUCUGUUCUGGACCAUGUGGCUGGUUGCCAAUGUCAAUCUGGUUACAUCGGUGAUGCCUCAGGAUGCUUUAAAGUGGAAUGCCUUUCUAACAGUGACUGUCCAACAGAUAAAUAUUGCAAUCAGGAGACCAAUAAAUGCAGCAGUCCUUGCAAUCAAGUGAACUGUGGAUAUGGUAAUUGCGUAGCCAUUGAUCAUGUCAGCGUGUGUAAAUGCUUUCCUGGUUUUGUCCUUGUUGGUGACAUCUGCACCGAUGUUAAUGAGUGUUUGCAAAAUCCUUGCCAUCCAUCAGCUAUAUGCCAGAAUGCAGAGGGAUCGUUUGCUUGUGUUUGUCCUCAUGGUUUAGUAGGGGAUCCAUUUAAAACUGGUUGUAAGCAACCUGGCGAUUGUUUCACGGAUUCAGAUUGUCCAAAUUCAGCUGCCUGCAUUGAUAACAGAUGCACUAAUCCAUGCGACGCACUAGGCGUUUGCGGUAGAAAUGCGGAAUGUCUUGCACGCGAUCAUGUUCCGAUCUGUAGAUGUCCCGGACAAACUACAGGAAAUCCAGCAACGGAAUGUAUUCAUCUUGAAUGCAACUAUCACAGCGACUGUAGUCCAUCAGAUGCGUGUUUUGAUCACAAGUGCGUCGAUCCCUGCUCUCUUUCGAAUGUUUGUGGACAUGGUGCUGAUUGUUCUUCGCUUAAUCACAGCGCGGUAUGUACCUGUCAACCUGGCGGCACGGGUGAUCCGAAUCUUGGAUGCACUCCACUUCAAUAUUGUAAAAGUGAUUCGCAAUGUGCGACUGGUUCAGUAUGCAAUGGAGGAAUUUGCACAGCACUCUGUGGAAGUACAAGAGAUUGUAUUGGCGAUCAACUCUGUAUUAAUGGCCUUUGUCAGCCGACCUGCAGAAGUAAUUCUAGCUGCCCAGAAUAUCAAUACUGCCAUAAUAAUAUAUGUGUUCAAGAAUUACGUUGUACGUCGGAUAACGACUGUUUGUAUGACGAAAAAUGCAUUAAGAAUAAUAUUGGACAGGCGGAGUGUCGUAGAGCUUGUGACGUAAUACUCUGCGGCCGAAAUGCCGAAUGCAAGGCUGAUAAUCAUGCCGCGACGUGUUCCUGUAAACUCGGCUUCUUCGGAAAUGCUAGAGAUGACAAGAUUGGCUGUCAACCUAUCGAAUGUGAGGUCAAUGAUGACUGCACACAAGAGAAGAUUUGUGACCAUCACAGAUGCAGAAUUGCUUGUCUCGCGCAUAAUCCAUGUGGCGUGAAUGCCAUUUGCACAACAGAGAAACAUGUCCAGAUUUGCACCUGCCAGCCUGGAUAUACGGGAGAACCCACGCGUGCUUGCAAGCUGAUAGAUUAUUGCGCAAACACACCAUGCGCACCAGGCGCAUUUUGCGAAAACACACGAGGACAUUUCAAGUGCCACUGUCAACCGGGUACAGUCGGAGAUCCUUAUAACAGUGGCUGUCAACCACCAGUGGAAUGCCUUCAAGAUUCGGACUGUCCACUAACUGCCAAAUGUGUCAACAUCAACAAUGUACCGAAAUGUUUUGAUACUUGUGCACGUAUCCGUUGCGGUCCAAAUGCAGAUUGUAUCGCGAGUAACCAUGCCGCGAGUUGUCAAUGCCGUGCCGAUUACGAAGGGGAUCCUAAUAAUUUAAGUGUGGGAUGUCGUCCAAGACCAGUAGUCUGCUCAUCACAAGUUGAUUGUUUGGUCAACACUUAUUGUUAUGAAGGCAUUUGUCGGCCAUCUUGUCAAUCGGACGAGGAAUGUAACUUGUCUGACGUUUGCUUGAACGGGCAAUGCUUAGAUCCGUGCGAUGUGAGAGGAACUUGUGGCAUAAACGCCGAGUGCAAAGUCAGAAGUCACAUUAAACAGUGUAGCUGUCCACCAGGCUUCACUGGCAAUUCCGAAGUAGAAUGCGUGAGAUUACCAGUGUCUUGUCUUGGAAGUGGGGACUGCAUUGAAGGCAACACCUGUCGCGAGAACGUUUGUCUGCCGAUCUGCACCGUUGACGACAAUUGCGCGCUGAACGAGAAAUGCAUCCGCGGUAAUUGCUUGCUGACUUGUCGGCUGGAUAACGAUUGCUUCCUGGGUCACAUCUGCUUGAACAACAUGUGUUCGUUUGGUUGUCGUGCGGACGAGGAUUGCAACGCGAAUGAGGCUUGCUUAGGAAACAAAUGCGUGAAUCCGUGCGAGGCUACGCCGUGUGGACCAAACGCCAAAUGUACUGUCUUUAAUCAGCGUGCCACGUGUUCCUGUCCCAUCGGCUUCAUACCAAAUCCGACUGCUAAGGUCGCGUGUUUGAGAACGCCGGGUCCGACUUGCCAGGCCAAUCGGGACUGUGCUGUAGGCACGGCUUGCAUCGCUGGUAUUUGCACACCCGUCUGCUCAUCCAACGCGAACUGCUUGAGCAACGAGAGAUGCGACAGCUCUGGCAUUUGCAAAUCACUUUGCAGACGAGACGAGGAUUGCAGAAGCGGUGAGAUCUGCGAAGGGCUGAUGUGUAUUUCUGGUUGUCGAGCGGAUAUUGAAUGUCAGGACAGUUACGCGUGUAUAAACAACCAAUGUAUAGAUCCGUGUUCAUUGACUGGCGCCUGCGGUGUAAAUUCUAAAUGUACAACUGUCAAUCAUCAAAAAAUAUGCACAUGCCCAUCGCCUUUAGUGGGAGAUGCUCGUAUUGGCUGCAAGCAAACGUUCCUUCCUUGCUCGUCUAACCACGAAUGUUUACCAGGACAAACGUGUUACGGCAGAUCGUGCUAUUCCACGUGUAGAAGCGAUGCGAAUUGCUUGAGUGACGAACGGUGUGACGGCGGCAUUUGUAAAGCGAUAUGUAACAGCGAUGAUCACUGCCUCGCGAAUCAAAUCUGUCAUAAUCGCAUGUGUGACAUUGGAUGCCGCAAUGAUAACACGUGCCCAAGCGACGAGUCUUGUAUCAAUAAUCAAUGCAAAAGUCCAUGCGAAGGUGGUAAGGCGUGCGGUGAGUGUGCCGGCUGUCGGGUAGUCAAUCACGUGGCUCAAUGUAGUUGCCCCGCGAAUUAUUACGGUAAUGCCUUAAUCAACUGCGCCAAGACCAUGAUUCCUUGUGACGGGUCAUGCGAGUGCGACGAAAUCGGCUUCUGCACCACCAGCUGCCAUCAUGAGAACGACUGUUCUUGUGGCGAGGUUUGUCACAGUGGCAAAUGUCGCAUCAAGUGCGAUAUCAAUAACGCGUGUCCAAAGGGUUAUGUAUGCGACGGAGGUUUGUGCCUGGUCGGUUGUCGCACUCAUUCCGACUGCCCAUCGUCAUUAUCGUGUACAAAUGGCCAGUGUGAAAAUCCAUGUUCCGCUCAUGGAUCACCUUGCGGAAUAAAUGCGCUUUGUCGCGUCUCGAGUCACCGUGCGGUAUGUCUAUGUCCAGAAGGCUAUCAAGGUGAGCCGAGUCAAGAGUGCUACCAAUUGGAGUGCCACCAUGAUGAUGAUUGCGAACCGAACAAACGAUGUAGCGAAUAUGGGGUUUGCACAAAUCCGUGCUUACAGCACAACGUCUGCGGUUUCAAUGCGCAGUGUCGCGUGAUCAACAGGCAGGCGCAAUGCUCUUGCCCACCGGGACACUUUGGCAAUCCAAAGAUCAACUGCAAGAAAGGUGGAGACGAAUGUCUACGAAGACCUUGUGGCAUUAAUGCUAAAUGUCAAGAGACUCUGAACGGUUUUGAAUGCACAUGUGAUCCAGGUUGUCACGGUGAUCCACAUCAGGUAUGUCUCUGCGAUGGUGAUCUUUGUAAGGACACUCGUUGCGGUAUCAAUGCAGCCUGUCGAAUUUAUAAGAAUCAACCGCAGUGCUAUUGCCCACCGAAUAAUCCAUCAGGCGAUCCAAUGCACGCAUGUAGCUCAGAUAGAGAUUUAGGAGACUGUCGGACGAAUGGAUGCGGAAAGAACGCAGAGUGCAUUAGGGAUGGAGCUAUAUUUGUUUGCCGAUGUCCACCAGGUACAAGCGGUUCGCCAGAUAUCGAGUGCACAACAGAGCGCGAAUGCACCAGCGACUUAGAGUGUCCCAAUGAAAAAGCCUGCAUAAAUCUACAAUGUCUGGAUCCGUGCGCGCUACGCGGUGCCUGUGGGAUCAAUGCCCUGUGCCGAGUGGUUCUGCACAAGCCGCGUUGCUCGUGCCCGCAGUGCUAUAUUGGCAUGCCUCAUACGGCUUGCCAUCCAGAUUCCAAAUGCGACACGCUCAAUCCCAAACCUACGCCGAGCAUCGGUUGUUCCUCCGAUUACGACUGUCCGGAGAGUCUCUCUUGCCACUCGCAGACAGGCGAGUGCCGCGAUCCGUGUUUAAGUUCUCGGUAUACCUGCGAGGUCAACAAGAGAUGUCAGGUGCGGAAUCACAAACCUAUGUGCGUUUGCAAGUAUGGCUUUGUAGUCAACGAAAUCGGGGAAUUGACUUGCGCUCCUGACACGCUUACCUGCUCGAGGGACUUCGAUUGUCCCUCGAACGCCGCGUGCGUCAAUGGGAAGUGUCAAAAUCCCUGUAACGUGCGAAACAAAAGACCGUGUCCGGCCGAUAAGACCUGCGAUGUCCUGGACCAUCGUCCCGUGUGCAUUUGCACCAAAAACUGCAAUCCUUCCCUCUCCAUUUGCCUGCGAGACAGUGGCUGCUCUCCAGACUUGGCGUGCCGCAACUAUCGCUGCGUGGACCCAUGCAGAAACUCUACCUGUCCGGCUGAUGCCCCCUGUUACGUGGAGGAGCACAAGCCUAUCUGCAAGUUCUGUCCCCCCGGCUUUGUGCCAGAUACUAAAUACGGAUGCAUGAAAGCAGUUCUUCAUCCCAUGCCUAAGCCAGUUUGCGAGUCCGAUGAUGAUUGCAGCGACGCAGAAGCCUGCGUCGAAAGCUCCUGCGUUGAUCCCUGUAUCAACGGGUGUCAACUAGCAGUUCAGUGUCGGGUUGAAGCGCACAGGCCUAUUUGUGGUUGCGAUCCUAACGACAAACGUUGUUUACCUGGUGGUGCAACGACUUUGCCUUCUAUAGCUUUAGAUCACACUUUUGAAACUGUUCAUACUACGUUGCAAACAACAGUGGGUACUGAUGUUUCGCCGUUUACAACAUCCAUUUCCACUAUGGAAACGUUAUCUGUUAUGUACACAGAGAAAAGCACAGUUGCGUUAACUAACGUUACCGAAAAUUUGGAAAAUAUUACUACUGAGACAAUAACUGAAUCAGAUAUGGCAAUUGUAUCGACGGAAAUUACUACUGAGUUUCCCGAAUAUACGACAAUUGUACCUUCAAUUUUGAAUACAACCGAAAUUGAUAUUUUAAAUGACACUUUGAUUUCGACAACAAAUGUUAACGUUUUAGAAAAUAUAUCUAAACCUUUUAUUACAUCAACGUUUGAAAGUACUGAUUUUGAAGUUGAAACUACUUCAAAAGAAUAUACAACUGCAAGUAUUAUUAUUUCUGAAACCGAACAAACUACUUUAAUUACUCAUAGUACAGAAGGGAUUGUUACAGAAAAUGUACCUUCUUCCACUGUAACUAAGACAACAGAAAAAUUUGGCUAUGAAGAAAACGCUGCAACCGAAAUAGUUGGAGCAACUGUUUCUCAAAAUGUUACUAUUACUUCUCCAGUUACAUUUAGUUAUACCGAAAUUACUGAUAUCACUGUUUCUAAUAUGAAUACUGAAACAACUACAAUUUCUAAACCAACGGAAGCAAGUAGUACUAUUGAAGUUCCUGAGAAUGUAACUACAGUUCCUAUUACAAAAGUUCCUAAUGUAAGUGGUGAAGAAACUUCCACAGUAGCAACAACACAACUUUUUACUACUACACAGUAUUCUACCACAACAGAAUUAACUGGAAAGCCGUUAAAAGUAAUCACUGACCCACAUGUGCAAAGUACCACUAAUGCACUGCCUUCUACGACAUUUUAUACGCAAGCAAAUUAUACAGUGUCAUCUCCGAAUAUUUUAGAGCAUACCGAAACAUCUACAAUAAAUAUUGAACAUGACACUUCUAAAGAAAUUACACAAAAAUGGAGCACUGUUAAAACAGAUUUAUUUGAUACAACAAAGCCAUAUGUGAAAGAUACCACUUCAUUUCCUACAUAUAUAUCUGAGUUUCCUACAUUUACAACAAAUAUUAUUGAUGAUUUUCACAAAGCCACUGAUAUUAUUGCAACAGAACAAUCCUCUACUACUGAAUCCAUCACAUCUCCUUUUAUCACGGAGACAUACUCGACAGAACAGUACACUACAACUGAAGAGUCUGCAGGACAGAUUUCUACCACAGAACAUUAUAGCACAUCGAAAAAUACUAUAGAGGAAUAUUCCACAACAGAACAACUUAAAACGUCAGAACAGUAUAUUACGUUUGCACAAUCUACUGAGCAAAUUUCAACUAUGAGACAAGACAGCACAUUUGAAUAUUCUAUAGAAGGAUAUCCCACGACAGAACAACUUAUAACAUCACAACACACUACUUCGGAACAGCAUGCUUUAACUGAAGAAUCUACAGAACAGAUUUCUACUACAGAACCUCGUAUAUCAGAAUAUUUUACUGAAGAACAUUCUACUAUGGAACAGAUUUUCACUACAAAGCAAUACAGAGCGCCUGAAUAUUCUACUGAAGAAUAUCCAACAACAGAACAAUUUAAAACAACACAGCUUACAGAACAAAACACUACUUUUACAAAACAAUCUUCAAUUAAACCAUUGACAGAACAGAUCUCUACUACAAAAUAUUACAGUACAUCUGAAUAUUCCACAGAAUAUUCCACUACAGAACAAUUUAAGGUAUCAGAACAAACAAAACAAUAUACCACGUUUACACCUAUGGCACCUAUGGAACAAGUCUCUACUACAAAACAAUAUAGCACUCCUGAGUAUUUUACAGAAAAAUAUUCUACAACAGAACAGUUUAGGACAUCACAGCAACCUACAGAACAAUACACUACUUCGAAACAAUACACUUUAACUGAAGAAUCUACAGAACAGAUUUCUACUACAGAGGGAUUAUAUUCCAUUAUAACAGAAUUUACGACAUCUGAGCAACCUACCACGUUUGAACAAUCUACAACAAAACAAAUCUCUACUACAGAACAGUACAGCACCUCUGAACAGUUUGUUACAUCUACGAUGCAGUCGACACCAUAUAGUACAACUGAACAAUAUUCUACAAUAACUACAGAGCAACUUGCUACAUCCGAAAAAGCCACAGAGCAAUAUCUGAUCACAGAAUAUUUAACGACGUCUGAAAUUAGUCAGAAUAAAACAGAUAUAUUUUGUACCUUACAUACAGAUUGUACAGAAUGUGAAACUUGCAUCGAUGGUCUUUGUCAAAAUCCAUGUAAAACUGCCAAUCCAUGUCCAGUGAAUAUUUUAUGCAACAUUGUGAAUCAUCAGCCUGUGUGCUUAGAUUCAAAUACCGAGCAGAGUACGUCUAAUUGUAGCGUACUCCCAGAUGUGAAAUGUACAACGCAUAAUGACUGUCCCACUCAAUUGGCUUGCGUAAAUCAUCAGUGCGUAAAUCCUUGCACUUUGGGUAAUCCGUGUGACUUCGUCGAAGCUUGUCAUGUUCAGCAUCAUAGACCAGUCUGUGUCAAAGUGGACACUAACGAAGCGGAGUGUCCUUACUGCCCAUCUGGUACGUUGUGCGAUUCGUCGACAAACACUUGCGUCAAAGCGGGUUGCACUAGCGACAGUGAUUGCCCCCUGUCAGAAGUGUGUAUUGGGCACACUUGCCAAGAACCGUGCCUAGUUCGGAAUCCCUGUGCGGAACACGCUGUUUGUAUUAAUACGAAUCAUGGAGCAGACUGCAGUUGCGAAGAAGGCUAUCAUGGAAAUGGAUUCUCCUAUUGCGACUUACUGGAAGAAACGAAAAAUAUUUGCCAAUAUAAUGAAGAUUGUCCUCCAUCUAAAUAUUGCGAUCGACUCAAUAGGCAGUGCAUCAAUCCUUGUAUCGAGUUCGAUUGUGGAGAGAAUGCGAAGUGCGUCUCUAGUAAACAUCAAGCACAGUGUAUAUGCCUUCCAGGAUAUCAAGGAAAUCCUCACGUUGGUUGUCAAGAGAUAGUGUCGCCUGUUGAUCCUUGCAUUCCAAAUCCAUGCGGUUUGAACGCUUUAUGUGAGAAUGAUAACGGAAAUCCCGUCUGCUUCUGUCCGAAAGGUCUAACUGGAAGUCCAUUUGAGCAUUGCAUUCCCGAAGGUGAUCAAUGUGAAGGUAAUCCUUGUGGCAUCAAUUCUGGAUGCCGGGUAGUGAAUGGACAGGUGAAAUGCUUCUGUCUGCCAGGAUACGAGGGUGAACCACCUCAUUUCCCCUGCACACUUCCUAGUACCUCCUGCGAUCCUUCUCCAUGCGGUCCCAAUACUCGCUGUACUGUGUUAGACAAUGGUUUUGCGAAGUGUACUUGUUUAUCUGGAUACAUUGAAAGCCCGAACACUAUUAGAGGAUGCGUGCCGAAAGCUGACCAAUGUGACUUUAAUCCGUGUGGUUUUGGGGCGAGAUGUAACAGUACGAGGGUACCGCCUUGUUACUGUCCAGAUCUCACGAUUGGAAACCCUUAUAAAAGUUGCGGAGCACGACCAGCUGAACCAUACGAUCCUUGUCUGUUAUCACCUUGUGGCAAAAAUGCUAUUUGCACGGCGAUUGAUGGCAUAGCUAAAUGCACAUGCAUACCGCCAUUUGUCGGCAAUCCUUAUAUAGACGGUUGUGAGGCUGAGUGCAUCAUUAAUCGAGAUUGUGAAAGUCAUUUGGCGUGUUUCAAUCAGUAUUGCAGAGAUCCAUGCCCAGGCGUGUGUGGCGCUAAUGCGCAUUGCGAAGUCGUCGAUCAUCUUCCGAUGUGUUCUUGUUUGCCUGGAUAUACCGGAGAUCCAUUUAGAGCUUGCAAAGUAGAGAGACCUUUGCCAGAUCAGAAUCCGUGCAUGCCAUCGCCUUGCGGUCCACACAGCAUCUGCCGUGUAAUGAACGAUCGUGCAGUUUGCUCAUGUAGUCCAGGUUACCAAGGUACUCCGCCACAUUGUCGUCCGGAGUGUCUCGUCAGCACGGAAUGCCCGGCUCAUUUGGCUUGCAUUAAUCAAAAAUGUAAUGAUCCUUGCCCGGGACUGUGUGGUUUUGACGCUGAUUGCCAGGUCAUCAAUCACAACCCAAUCUGCAGUUGUCCUCGUCAAUAUAUUGGCGAUCCAUUCACACAUUGCGCCAAAGAAGAGCCUUUACCGCCAACAACGAAUCCUUGCUUGCCAUCACCUUGCGGACCUAACGCUGAUUGUCGCGUUCAAGAAGAUCAUCCGAUAUGCACGUGCAUUAGCGGUAUGUUCGGAGCACCGCCGAAUUGUAGACCAGAGUGUGUAAUAGAUCAGGACUGCAUUAGCUCCUUAGCUUGUAUUCAAAAGAAAUGUUUAGAUCCAUGCAUUGGAUCGUGCGGAUUUAACACGAACUGUACGGUACAGAAUCAUCGACCUAUAUGUCAGUGUUACGAAGGUUACGAAGGAGAUCCUUUCUCAGGCUGUGCCAAAGCUGUCUUUCCAGUGCAAUUGCCAUGCGAUCCUUCACCAUGCGGUACGAACGCCGUAUGUAAAGAGCGUAACGGUGCGGGAUCUUGCACUUGUUUACCUGAUUACACCGGUGAUCCUUACGAGGGCUGCAGGCCAGAAUGCGUUCAGAAUUCGGAUUGCAUUCAUACGAAGGCUUGUAUUAACAACAAGUGUAAGGAUCCAUGUGUGGGAGCGUGCGGAAUUAAUGCGCAAUGCCAAGUCUAUAAUCACCAACCAUCCUGCAGUUGCCUCUCUGGUUACACCGGAGAUCCACUUACGUCUUGCCACAUACCAAUAAAGCCUUCAAUACCGGGUGAUACGUGCCAGCCAUCUCCUUGUGGACCAUAUAGCAACUGUCGCGUUAUUGACAAUCACGCAGUAUGCUCUUGUCAACCUAAUUACAUUGGUAGUCCACCAUCAUGCCGGCCGGAAUGCGUAGUCAGUACAGACUGUAGUCCGAACACAGCAUGUAUCAAUCAGAGAUGUAAGGAUCCAUGUGUAGGCACAUGCGGAGUGAAUGCGGACUGUCGGGUGAUUAAUCAUAAUCCAGUCUGCAUUUGCGCAAUUGGCUAUAGCGGGGAUCCGUUCUUCGGAUGUGUCAAGGAAGAAGUAACACCGCUACCAAGACCGAGCGGCAACCCUUGCGUUCCUUCGCCAUGCGGACCGAAUUCCCAAUGUCGAGUGAUUGACGGUUUUCCGGCGUGUUCGUGUUUACCGAAUUAUGUAGGCCGUGCGCCAAAUUGCCGUCCCGAGUGUGUCAUAAAUGAAGGAUGCCCUGGAAAUUUGGCGUGUCAGAACGAACAAUGCGUGGACCCGUGUCCAGGCUCUUGCGGCGUGAACACAUUCUGCAAUGUUGUAAAACACAAUCCUGUUUGCAUCUGUAACGACGGUUAUACGGGUGAUCCGUUUACGGAAUGCAUACUCAUUAUAGAAGCACCUAUUACGACGGAGCAACCACGCACGCCCUGUAAUCCGUCACCGUGCGGUGCUAACGCAGUGUGUAACGAACGAAACGGCGUCGGAUCUUGCACGUGUUUACCGCAAUACUUCGGCGAUCCGUACAUUGCUUGCCGACCUGAAUGCGUGACCAACGCCGAUUGCGAUCGCAGCAAGGCUUGCCUGAACAACAAGUGCGUUAAUCCUUGUCCUGGUACUUGCGGUCAGGAUGCCACUUGUCGCGUAGUUAAUCACGCUCCGAUGUGUUCCUGUCUGCCUGGUUACACCGGUGAUCCAGUGAACGGUUGUACAAUCAUCAAUGUUAUAACGCCGUUACCAGUGCCGAUUGAUCCCUGCGAUCCGUCACCGUGCGGACCCAACAGUAACUGUCGAACGCAUGACGGACACGCGGUGUGCCUUUGUCAACCGGGCUUCUCCGGAAUCCCGCCGACCUGCCGACCAGGUUGCAUUGUCAGUUCGGAAUGUCCGCAGAACAGGGCAUGCAUCAAUAACAAAUGUGCGGACCCGUGUCCAGGUUCUUGCGGACAGAAUACGAAUUGCCUCACGGUGAACCACAAUCCUAUCUGUAGUUGCGCCAGCGGUUACUCCGGUGAUCCCUUCGUGCACUGCACAAGGAUUAGCACUACGUCGCCGUUGCCAAAAGGGGAAGGAGAUCCCUGCCUGCCGAAUCCAUGUGGCCCGAACUCGCAAUGCAAAGUAAUAGGCACGCAUCCAGCGUGUUCCUGUUUACAGAAUUACAUUGGCCGUCCACCGAACUGUAGACCAGAGUGCACCGACAACUCGGAAUGCUUCAAUACUGCGGCAUGCAUCAAUCAAAGAUGCAAGAAUCCCUGUCCUGGUGCUUGCGGCGAGACUGCCAGAUGCACGGUGCAGAAUCACAUUCCGAUUUGCACCUGUCCGGAAGGAUACGAGGGCGAUCCUACCGUGCGCUGCAUCCUAGCAACUCCUCCACCGACAGACAGGACUGUGUCAAAUCCGUGUUCACCGAAUCCUUGUGGUCCUAAUGCACAAUGUCGCGAAAGAAACGGAGCUGGCGCUUGCGGAUGUCCGGCUGAUCUAAUAGGUGAUCCUUACGAUAUCAUCAAAGGAUGUCACAGAGAAUGCGAAACGAACAAUGACUGCGCGCCGCAGCUGGCGUGUGUUGGUUUCAAAUGCAUAGAUCCAUGUCCGAACACGUGUGGAACGUUGUCUAUCUGUAACGUACAAGCGCAUGUUCCUGUCUGCUUGUGUCCACCAGGAUAUACUGGAGAUCCGUAUUUUGCUUGCAAAAUUGGAGAAAUAACAAAAACAUUGGAUCCGUGCGCUCCAUCACCUUGUGGGCCCAACAGCAAAUGUCGAGUUGUCAACGGUCAAGCUGUAUGUACUUGUUUACCAGAGUACAGAGGUGUUCCACCAUCUUGUAGACCAGAAUGUAUCGUUAACGACGAAUGUGCACCUCAUCUAGCAUGUAUAAAUAAGAAAUGCGCAGAUCCUUGCCUGAAUACUUGUGGAUUGAAGGCGCAAUGUAUUACUAAAAAACAUAUUCCGAUUUGCAAUUGCCCUGCCGGUUUUACAGGAGAUCCUUUCAUUUUCUGUUCGCCACACGUUACUACUGAUUUUCCAAUAACCGAACGGCCACCAUCUUGUACUCCAUCACCCUGUGGUCCAAAUUCCUUGUGUCAAAUAAUAUCUGGAAAUCCUGCUUGCUCUUGCUUGCCAAAUUAUAUUGGCGUACCGCCGCAGUGUCGACCGGAAUGCAUCUUGAGUUUUGAAUGUAAGAGUCACCUCGCAUGUGUCAAUCAGAGGUGCGCGGACCCGUGUCCAGGCUCGUGUGGAAUAAAUGCUCAAUGUCACGUAUUAAAUCAUCUGCCAGUUUGCACAUGUAUGGAAGGUUUCACCGGAGAUCCAUUUACACAAUGCAGCAUUAUCCCGCCGAUUACAGAACCACCAUCUACGGAUCCUUGCGCUUUAUCUCCAUGUGGUGCAAACGCUAUAUGUGAUAAUGGUGAAUGUAGAUGCUUGCCUGAAUAUAUUGGUAAUCCUUAUGAGGCUUGUCGUCCCGAGUGCAUUCUCAAUUUGGAAUGUGCCCGCGACAAAACUUGUCUGAAGAACAAAUGUAAGGACCCCUGUCCUGGAAUAUGCGGCCAGAACGCACAAUGCGACGUGGUAAAUCACAUUCCCGUUUGCUCUUGUCCAUCCGGAUAUAUUGGUGAUCCGUUUGUCAGUUGUCGUGUUCAACCCAGAGUACCGGAUUCUCGAAAGGAUCCGUGCACACCUUCGCCUUGCGGUCCGAACAGUCAGUGUCGCAAUAUCGAGGAUCACGCUGUAUGCUCUUGUCUCGGAGGUUAUCUUGGGUCCCCGCCAUCCUGCAGACCAGAGUGUCUUGUUAGUUCUGAAUGUCCACCAACGAGAGCCUGCGUAAACAAGAAGUGCACAGACCCAUGCCUGGGUUCCUGUGGUUUGAAUGCGAGAUGCGAAGUGAUCAACCAUUCGCCGAUAUGCAGUUGUUUACCCGGACAGACUGGAGAUCCGUUCAGGAGUUGUUACGAUAUUCCACUACCACCGGAACCUAAGGAUCAAAGCGAUCCUUGCAAUCCUUCACCAUGUGGACCAAAUGCACUUUGUCAGAAUGCAAAUGGACAACCGUCAUGUUCGUGUUUACCAACGUACAUCGGUAUUCCGCCAUCAUGUCGGCCGGAGUGCUUGAUUAAUCCUGAUUGUCCGCCAGAAAAAUCCUGCAUAAAUAUGAAAUGUAAAGAUCCAUGUCCAGGAUCCUGUGGAGACAAUGCUGAAUGCAAAGUGGUGAAUCACGCAGUAACUUGUUUGUGUAAGACUGGUUAUACGGGUAAUCCGUUCGUGCAAUGCGUGUUUGAAGAAGAAGAACCGAUGAAUCCGUGUGAACCUUCACCAUGCGGAGCUAAUGCGAUCUGUCAGCAACGAGACAACGCUGGCGCUUGCAUAUGCAUCGAUGACUAUCAAGGCAAUCCUUACGAGGGUUGUCAACCGGAAUGCGUCCUCAGUGCGGAUUGUCCUACGAACAAGGCUUGUGUUCGUAACAAGUGCAAGGAUCCUUGUCCAGGUGUGUGCGGCGUCCGGGCGCAAUGUUCAGUGAUCAAUCAUAUUCCCACAUGCACUUGUGAGCCUGGCUACAUUGGAGAUCCGUUUACGAUUUGCACUCUUCAACCGGAGGUGGAUACCGAACCUACCGUCAGGAAUCCGUGCUCGCCUUCACCUUGCGGCCCGAACAGCUUGUGUCGCGCUGUGAACAACCAAGCCGUAUGUACAUGCCAAGAAUCCUUCGUGGGAGUCCCACCGAAUUGCAAGCCGGAAUGUGUCGUCAAUUCAGAAUGUCCGCAAAAUAGAGCGUGUUACAAGUAUAAAUGUACAGACCCGUGCCCCGGCACUUGUGGAGUUGAAGCCAAUUGUCGUGUUAUCAAUCACAAUCCACUCUGCAGCUGUCCGCAAGGAAAGACAGGCGAUCCCUUCUCCAGAUGUUUCCCUGAACCCGUUGUGCCGCUACCGCCAAUGGAUCCGUGUUUCCCUAGUCCAUGUGGACUCUACGCGGAAUGCAAAGUAGUCAAUGAUCAAGCUGCGUGUACUUGCUUGAAAAAUUAUAUAGGGAUACCACCCAAUUGCCGGGCGGAAUGCGUAGUUAAUACAGACUGUCCGUCGGAUCAAGCUUGCAUCUCAGAAAAAUGUCGCAAUCCCUGCAUUGGUUCCUGCGGUCAAAAUGCUGAUUGUCGAGUACAGAAUCAUAUACCUGUUUGUUUGUGUCAACCUGGAUAUUCUGGCGAUCCUUUUACUCUGUGCACAGUAAUUAAAGAACAACCAAAGAUUCCCGAAGAUUUGUGUAAUCCAUCACCUUGUGGGCCUAAUGCGGAAUGCAACGAAGGUGUGUGCAGAUGCUUGCCUAAUUACUUCGGGGAUCCAUACUCAUAUUGUCGACCGGAAUGUACGAUGAAUUCAGACUGUCCUCGCGUUAAAACUUGUAUCAAUCAAAAUUGCGUGGAUCCUUGUCCAGGCACAUGCGGUCGUGAUGCACGUUGCGACGUUGUCAAUCACGUUCCAAUGUGCAGUUGUCCGCUUGGUUACACCGGAAAUCCGUUCCUUCUAUGCCGACCACAUAUACCAGAUGACACCAUUAGACAGCCUUGUACACCUUCGCCUUGUGGACCAAACAGCAUUUGCAAAGUCAUAAGUGAUCAUGCUGUUUGUUCAUGUCAACCUGGUUUAAUUGGCAGUCCACCCGCCUGUAAACCAGAAUGCGUUGUCAGCGCAGAUUGUCCAUUGACACAAGCAUGUCUGAAUAACAAAUGCCAAGAUCCGUGCCCAGGCACGUGCGGACAGAAUACAAACUGUCAAGUGGUUAAUCAUAAUCCAAUAUGCAGCUGUUCUGAAUCUUACACCGGUGAUCCCUUCACCAUAUGUUAUCCGCAACCAAAGACACCACCUGUGCCGAUGAAUCCAUGUCUGCCAUCGCCUUGUGGUCCGAAUGCGGAAUGUCAAGUGAGAGGCGACAGUCCUGUGUGUUCGUGUAUUGAAAAUUAUAUCGGUUUGCCACCAAAUUGUCGACCGGAAUGUACGAUCAAUCCGGAGUGUCCGCCGCAAUUAGCGUGUAUGCAACAAAAAUGUCGCGAUCCGUGUGUCGGUUUGUGCGGUCUUAACGCUCAGUGCUCAGUAGUGAAUCAUCAUGCGGUUUGCGCGUGCAUCGCCGGAUACACUGGAAAUCCAUUCAGCGCUUGUGAACGAGUACCCGAGGAUACGCCCCUAGACAUUAGAAAACCGUGCGAGCCUUCCCCUUGUGGCCUCAAUGCCGUCUGCCGCGAGAACAACGGCGUUGGCUCGUGUACUUGUCUGCCGGAUUACCUAGGUGACCCUUAUCAAGAAUGCAGACCCGAGUGCACCCAAAAUUCCGACUGUUUGACAAGAAUGGCGUGUGUAAGCCUAAAAUGCAGAGAUCCUUGUCCAGGAACAUGUGGAGUGAACGCCCAAUGCCAAUCGGUUAAUCACUUGCCGAUUUGUACUUGCAUCCCUGGCUAUACCGGCAAUCCUUUCGCGCUCUGUUCCCCGAUUGUUGAAACCUUCCUGCCAGAAACAAACCCGUGCAGCCCAUCCCCCUGUGGACCAAAUAGCAAAUGUCGAGACGUAAAUGGUCUUGCCGUUUGUACCUGUUUACCAAAUUUUAUCGGUAGCCCUCCCAACUGUCGAGCUGAAUGCGUAGUGAACAGCCAAUGCUCUCCGGAUCUUGCUUGCAUCAAUCAGAAAUGUAUAUCGCUCUGCCCGGACCCAUGUGGAAUAAACACACAGUGCAGAGUGAUCAGUCAUAGCCCCAUCUGUGUCUGCAACCUCGGUUAUACCGGAGAUCCCUUUACGAGAUGUUUCCCUACUCCACAACCGUUAGAUUUUCCCAUAACUCCCAAAGAUCCCUGUUUACCGUCUCCGUGCGGCAUGUACGCGGAGUGCAGAAAUCUUGGUGGCACUCCGUCGUGCUCCUGUUUGCCGACCUACAGAGGAUCACCGCCGAAUUGUCGUCCCGAAUGCCGUGUGAAUUCCGAAUGCCCGAUGAAUCUUGCUUGCAGCAACGAGAGAUGCCGGGAUCCUUGCUUAGGUUCCUGCGGCAUUACCUCAUUGUGCACAGUCUAUAAUCAUGUACCUGUGUGCACUUGUCCCGAGGGAUACACCGGCGAUCCUUUCAGUAAUUGUUAUCCCAGACCGACAACGGCACCUGCAGUUCUCGACCCCUGUAAUUUGAACCCUUGUGGGCCGAAUGCACGAUGCAACAACGGCAUCUGCAUAUGUCUGCCCGAAUAUCAGGGCGAUCCUUACGUGGGUUGCCGUCCCGAGUGUGUCAUGAAUACCGAUUGCGUCCACAAUCGUGCGUGCGUUCGUAACAAAUGCGUGGAUCCCUGUCUGGGCACAUGUGGUCGAAAUGCAUUGUGCUCUGUAUAUAAUCACGUGCCUAUGUGCACCUGUCCAGCUGGAAUGACUGGCAAUGCCUUUGUUCAAUGUUCCAUAGUCGAAGAUAUCCCGAAAGGAGAUCCCUGUUCGCCCUCGCCUUGCGGACCCAACAGUGUUUGCCGAGAAAACAACGGGCAACCUGUGUGCUCGUGUGUGUCAGGAUUCCUCGGCGUACCGCCGGCAUGCAGGCCGGAAUGCACUGUCAGUUCUGAGUGUCUUCUGACAGAGGCAUGCAGUAAUCAGAAAUGUACAAACCCAUGUCUCGGUGCAUGCGGAAUUCAAGCCACAUGCCAAGUGAUCAACCAUAAUCCCAUAUGUAGCUGUGGAGAACUCACCGGAGAUCCGUUCGUCCGGUGUAUUCCACGACUACCCGAACCCGUGUUGCAAACAAAUCCCUGUGUGCCAUCUCCCUGUGGACCGAAUGCCGAGUGUCAGGUUGUAGGCGAUACUCCCUCAUGUUCAUGUCUAGCUGGAUUCCUGGGUUCACCACCGUAUUGUAAACCGGAAUGUAUUAGCAACAGUGAAUGUCCUGCUCAUUUGGCGUGUAUGAAUCAGAAAUGUAGAGAUCCUUGUGAAGGUUCCUGUGGACUUAACGCCGAAUGUCGUGUGGUGAGCCACACACCCAUGUGCGUUUGUCCUAGCGAUCUCACUGGCGAUCCAUUCACGCAAUGUACAAUGAAACCACCCACACCAGUCCCACUAUCGCCCUGUAAACCGUCACCUUGUGGCUUCAAUGCCGUUUGCAAGGAACAGUUCGGUGCCGGAUCCUGUUCUUGCUUACCAGAUUAUGUCGGUAAUCCUUACGAAGGAUGUCGACCAGAAUGCGUGGUUGAUACGGAUUGCACAUCUAUUCUUGCUUGCAUACAAUCAAAGUGCAGAGACCCAUGUCCCGGUGCCUGCGGACAGUUCGCCGAAUGUCAAGUUAUUAAUCAUCGACCCUCUUGCACAUGUAUCGCCGGUUAUAGUGGCAAUCCUUUCCAAUACUGCACUAUAAUGCGCGACAUCGUCGAUACCCCGAGGGAUGUUUGCAAUCCGUCGCCUUGCGGACCCAACAGCCAAUGUCGUGUUAAUAAUAAUCAAGCAGUUUGUUCUUGCUUACCGAUUUUCAUCGGUAGCCCACCUGCAUGUCGUCCUGAAUGCGUGACAAGUUCAGAUUGUCCCCUCAAUCUUGCUUGCUUGAAUCAAAAGUGCCAAGAUCCUUGCCCUGGCUCUUGCGGCAGAAAUUCGAAUUGCAGAGUCAUCAAACACAAUCCGAUUUGCUCCUGUAAGAACGGUUUCACCGGCGAUCCAUUUACUGUAUGCUUCCAAACCCCUGUGAGUCCACCUAUUGUAAGUGAUAUUGUGAGAGACCCAUGCGUACCGUCACCUUGUGGCGUAUUUUCCGAAUGUCGUGAUAUAGGAGGAGUGCCAUCGUGUUCUUGUUUACCAACGUAUAGAGGCAGUCCGCCAAAUUGUAAACCAGAAUGCACGAUCAAUGCAGAAUGUCCAACCAAUAUGGCUUGCAUGCAACAAAGAUGUAGAAAUCCUUGUCCAGGUUCAUGUGGCAUUAUGGCCGAAUGCAGUGUCGUAAAUCACGUGCCGAUUUGUUCGUGUUUGCCCGAUUACACCGGUGAUCCUUUCGUCGGGUGUUCCGUAAAACCACUCGCUGUUGCCCCUUCCAAACCGGAUCCAUGCACACCUUCCCCUUGUGGACCCAAUACGCAAUGUAAUGGAGGAAUUUGUGUUUGCAUAGCGGAAUAUUUCGGAGAUCCCUAUAGUGGUUGUCGACCGGAAUGCGUAUUGAAUAACGAUUGCCCGAACACGCAGGCUUGCGUGCGAAAUAAGUGCAUAGAUCCCUGUCCGGGUGUUUGCGGUCAAAAUGCUAUAUGCAAUGUAUAUAACCAUAUUCCUAUGUGUAGUUGUCCUUCGGGAAUGGAAGGAAAUGCCUUUGUCUUGUGUUCUCCCGUGCCAGCGCCAUCCAUUAGCAACCCAUGUAAUCCGUCCCCGUGUGGACCGAAUAGUCAAUGUCGACAAAAUAAUAUGCAGGCUGUAUGUAGCUGCAUAAGUGGAUUUGUUGGCGCGCCUCCGACUUGUAGACCCGAAUGUGUAAUUAGCUCAGAUUGCCCGAAGAACGAGGCGUGUACCAAUCAAAAAUGUCAAGAUCCUUGUCCGGGAAGUUGUGGACGCAAUGCAGUCUGCAACGUCAUUAAUCACAAUCCUGUUUGCGUGUGUCGUUCUGGGAUGACCGGAGAUCCGUUUAUUAAUUGUUUCCCCCUUCCUGAAGAUCCGUUACCUGUGCUUAAUCCCUGCCAACCGUCGCCGUGUGGUCCAAAUGCGCAAUGCCAAGUGAUCAAUGAUCAAUCUGUUUGCACGUGUUUGCAAGAAUUUAUCGGAUUACCUCCGAACUGUCGAUACGAAUGUAUCAGCAAUAGCGAGUGCUCAAACAAAAUGGCUUGCAUCAAUCAAAAAUGUCGCGAUCCAUGCAUCAAUGCAUGCGGUAUCAAUGCCGUUUGUAAUGUUGUUAGUCACACGCCGAUGUGCGCGUGUACUGCCGGUUAUACUGGUGAUCCAUUUACUCAGUGUUCUCCUCAACAAUUUGAUAUACAGCCUAGUGUUUCUACGCCGUGCACACCAUCUCCGUGUGGUGCAAAUGCAAUAUGCAGAGUUCAGCAAAAUGCUGGCUCUUGCUCGUGUUCAGCUGAUUACAUUGGCAAUCCUUACGAAGGAUGCAGACCCGAGUGUACACUCAAUUCUGAUUGUCCGUCCAAUCAAGCGUGUAUUGGUUUGAAAUGUAAAGAUCCGUGUCCAGGAACAUGCGGUCAGAACGCGCAGUGUUACGUGAUUAAUCACGCGCCAACUUGUACUUGUUUUGAGCGAUACACAGGAAAUCCAUUUAUAUUCUGUAACCUUGUCGUUGAAGCCCCGAUUGUAGCAGAUAACAUUAAUCCUUGUCAACCAUCCCCUUGUGGACCAUAUAGUCAAUGCAGAAAUAGCAACGGCCAAGCUGUUUGUUCUUGCCUGCCGACUUAUAUCGGCGCACCACCCGGUUGUAGACCCGAAUGCACAGUUAGUACAGAUUGUGCAACGAAUCGCGCUUGCGAAAAUAACAAAUGUGUCGAUCCCUGUCCCAAUUCGUGUGGUCAAGGCACGACGUGCAGAGUCGUGAACCAUAGUCCAAUAUGCAUGUGCAAACCGGGAUUCAGCGGCGAUCCAUUUAUACGUUGCUUGUUUGUACCACCUACUCCGCAUUACUUACCGAGUCUGCCCUCGGAUCCUUGCGUACCCUCUCCAUGCGGACCUAAUUCACUGUGCCGCAAUGUCAAUGGUUACCCAUCUUGUUCUUGUAUGACUAAUUAUAUUGGUACACCGCCAAAUUGUCGUCCUGAAUGUGUUAUUCCUGCCGAUUGUCCGAGUAAUCAGGCAUGCAUUCGUGAGAGAUGCCAAGAUCCUUGUCCAGGUUCUUGCGGCCUGAAUGCCGAUUGUAUUGUUCACAAUCACAUUCCGAUCUGCAGAUGUAUAGAAAGUUACACUGGCGAUCCGUUUAUUGGUUGUCAGCCUGUGCCAAUUUACAAUGAGCCAACCCAGCCGAUCGACCCGUGCAGUAAAUCACCCUGCGGAUCAAACGCUCAAUGCAAUAGUGGCAUUUGCACUUGUUUACCUGAAUACUUUGGCGACCCAUACAUUGGUUGUCGACCAGAAUGCGUACUCAGUACAGACUGCUCAACUGACAGAGCGUGUAUACGAAACAAAUGUGUCGAUCCUUGUCCAGGUACUUGCGGACAAAACAGUUUAUGCAAUGUGAUAAAUCACACACCGAUGUGCAGUUGUCCUCCUGGUACUUCUGGAAAUGCAUUUAUUUCUUGCGAUGUAAUGAGAGUUCCAUCCGUAACGAGACCAUGCAGCCCGAAUCCUUGCGGUCCAAACAGCAUAUGUCGAGAAUUAAAUGGACAAGCCGUGUGCGCUUGUGCGCCAGAAUUCCUCGGAUCGCCACCUCUCUGCCGACCCGAGUGUACUCUUAGCUCUGACUGUCGACCCAAUGAAGCUUGCGCUAAUCAGAAAUGUAAAGAUCCCUGUCCUGGUACAUGCGGCAUUCAAGCAAGAUGUGUAGUUGUUAACCACAAUCCCGUCUGCUCAUGUCCCGAGGGCUAUACAGGCGAUCCGUUCAUCAGAUGUGGUGUUAUGAAACCAGUAGCGCCUGUAGUUGUAAACCCUUGUCAGCCUUCGCCUUGCGGUCCGUACGCUCAGUGUCAAGUUGUUAACGAUUUGCCAUCCUGCUCGUGCCUACUCGAGUACAAAGGCUCGCCUCCGUAUUGUCGACCCGAAUGUAUUUCCAAUCCCGAGUGCCCCAGCCAUCAAAGUUGUGUGCGGCAAAAAUGCAAGGAUCCCUGUCCAGGUUUAUGCGGAGAAAAUGCGGAAUGUCAUGUAGUACAACACGUGCCCCAUUGCGUUUGUUCCUACGGUCUCACCGGUGAUCCGUAUACGCGUUGCUCUGCGAUACCACGCCCAACAGAAGUGGAACCAGAACCAUCACCCUGCGCAAAGUUUGAAUGUGGCACGAAUGCAAUAUGUAGGGAGCGAGACGAUAUUGCAAUCUGUCAGUGUAUCUCUAGCUAUGUCGGCAAUCCAUAUUUAGCGUGUCGACCCGAAUGCGUCAUUAAUCCUGACUGCCCAUCCAAUUUGAUAUGCGUAAGAAACAAAUGCGCUAAUCCUUGCGCUGGCAUGUGUGGCCGAAAUGCCGAGUGCUCAGUUGUCAAUCAUCAACCGAUGUGCACAUGUUUACCCGGAUAUACCGGAGACCCCUUCAUUUCUUGCUCUGUAGAUAAAAUAACCCCAGACGAGAACGUUUGUGCCCCAUCACCCUGUGGACCCAACAGCAAAUGCAAAGAAGUGUCCGGACAGGCUGUUUGUUCAUGCCUUCCAACGUACGUUGGAACCCCACCUGCAUGUAGACCUGAAUGUAUUGCUAGCUCAGAAUGUCCCCCGCAAUUAGUGUGCAAGGAUUACAAAUGUGUAAAUCCUUGUCCAAGCCCAUGUGGACUCAAUACCAAUUGCGUGGUCGUUAAUCACAGCCCUAUCUGCAGUUGUAUGUCCGGUUACAGUGGAGAUCCAUUCACCAUAUGCUCGUUAAUUCCACCUAUAAUGCCACCACUAGUACAGAAAGACCCUUGCGUGCCAUCCCCGUGCGGUAGUUUUUCCCAAUGCAGAAAUAUCGGUGACUCUCCUGCGUGUACCUGCUUGGAGAAUUACAUGGGUCAACCGCCCAAUUGCAGACCCGAAUGUACCAUACACUCGGAAUGUCCAAGUGAUAGAGCUUGCAUCAACAUGAAGUGCGUGGAUCCAUGUCCUGGUUCUUGCGGCACCAAUGCCCUAUGUUCGGUCAUUAAUCACAUUCCCACGUGUAGAUGCCCCGAGGGGUAUACUGGAAAUACAUUUGUUCUUUGCGAGUUAUUAUCAACUACACCGACUCCAUCUCCGGUCGAAGAUGCCUGCGUCCCGUCACCCUGUGGUCCUAACGCACAAUGCUUUGACGGUAUUUGUACUUGUCUGCCGGAGUUCCGUGGAGACCCGAAUGUAGGUUGUCGACCGGAAUGCGUCUUAAACGCGGAUUGUCCCCGUGAUAGAGCGUGUAUGCGUAAUAAAUGCCUGGACCCGUGCCCCGGAGCUUGUGCCAUUAACGCAUUAUGCACCGUGAUCGGUCACGUUCCCAUGUGCAGUUGCCCUGGAAAUAUGACCGGCAACGCAUUCAGCCAAUGCACACCUCUCCAAGACAUGCCACCUGUUAAUCCAUGCACCCCUUCACCCUGCGGACCAAACAGUGAGUGCCGCGUUAUAAAUAACCAAGCGGUCUGUUCCUGUAUAAGAGGAUAUCUAGGCAGCCCUCCAACAUGCAGACCUGAAUGCAUAGUCAGUACGGAUUGUCCCCAGAAUGAGGCUUGUAGCAAUCAGAAGUGUACGAACCCUUGUCCUGGAAGUUGCGGAUUAGGUGCAUCCUGUCAAGUAGUGAAUCACAAUCCGAUUUGUGUGUGCCCACCCUCUCAAACAGGAGAUCCUUUUGUUAGAUGUUAUUCACUACCACCACAAAUACCUACGUUACCCUCUACGCCAUGCAAACCAAAUCCUUGCGGCCCCAAUUCACAAUGCCAACCGCGCGGUGAUGAAUCUAUAUGCACGUGUUUACCUGAUUUUAUUGGUAGUCCGCCUAAUUGCAGAGCGGAAUGCGUCAGUAACAGCGAAUGCUCUAAUCAUUUAGCCUGUAUUAAUAAGAAAUGUCAGGAUCCGUGUGUUGGUUCCUGUGGUGCGAAUGCUAAUUGUCACGUUGUUAGUCACACCCCAAUGUGUUCUUGCAUAAACGGUUACACUGGUGAUCCAUUCACGCAAUGCAUCUUAAGAGAACCCACACCAUUACCGCCUGCACCUGUUGAUCCCUGCACCCCCUCUCCUUGCGGCUCUAAUGCUGUAUGCAAGGAAUUCAACGGUGCCGGUUCGUGUACGUGCUUACCAAAUUAUAUCGGUAACCCAUAUGAAGGAUGUAGACCAGAGUGUGUCCUAAAUUCGGAUUGUCCUGCCAAUUUGGCUUGUAUAAAUACAAAAUGUAGAGAUCCGUGCCCGGGAUCAUGCGGGCGCAAUGCGUUAUGUCAAGUAAUCAAUCAUUUGCCGGCAUGCAAUUGUUAUCCUAGAUACACAGGCGACGCCUUCUCAUAUUGCACCCCUAUAGAAAUAGAAGGAGAUAGUGCCGUCAGUAAUCCUUGUGAACCAUCACCAUGUGGACCCAACAGUUUAUGUCGCGUUGUGGAUAACACGAGCGUAUGCACUUGUUUACCCGAUUUUCAAUGGGUGGUCAGUCCGCCGAAUUGUCGCCCUGAGUGCACUGUUAGUGCCGAAUGCGCUUUCAAUCUAGCAUGCAUCUCGCAUAAGUGUAGCAACCCUUGUCGUACAUUAUGCGGUUCUAAUGCGAGAUGCGAAACAAUCAAUCAUAAUCCUAUAUGCUCGUGCCCACUUGGUUUUACUGGUGAUCCAUUCAUUGCCUGCUUUGAAAUGCCACUUAAAGAAGAACCACGUCCAUUUGUAAAUCCUUGCGCACCUUCGCCCUGCGGGCCUUAUUCGGAAUGUCGUGAUAUUAAUGGCCAAGCAUCUUGUGCUUGUUCGCCAACAUAUAUAGGAACACCACCCAAUUGCAGACCCGAAUGUUCAGUUAAUUCAGAAUGCCCAAUUAAUCAGGCGUGUAUACAGAGAAAGUGUCGAAAUCCUUGCGAUGGAGUAUGUGGAGUGGGAGCAAUUUGUAAUGUAAUUCGUCACACACCUACAUGUUCUUGUCCCAAUGAAUUUACUGGUGAUCCAUUUGUAAUAUGUAGACCAAUUCCCGAGGAAGAUACAACACUCCAACCGGCGAAUCCAUGCUUAAAUUGCGGCGCGAAUACACAAUGUUUUAACGGUAUAUGCAGUUGCCUUCCUGAAUAUCGAGGAGAUCCAAAUUUCGGAUGCCGUCCAGAAUGUAUUCUGAAUUCGGAUUGUCCUAGAAAUCGGGCUUGUAUUAAGAAUAAAUGUCAAGAUCCGUGCGGUCUUGGAAUUUGCGGAAUUAAUGCUUUGUGUUCUAUCGUAAAUCAUGUACCAGUCUGCACCUGCGCGCAGAGAAUGUCUGGCAACGCAUUUGUGCAAUGCUCCCCGAUAGAUGACACGAUACCAAAAGACCCAUGUAACCCGUCACCCUGUGGACCAAAUAGUCAAUGCCGAAGAAUAAAGGAACAAGCUGUCUGCUCAUGUCUCCCUGGAUACUUGGACGCACCACCUAAUUGCCGAGCCGAAUGCACUAUUAGUUCAGACUGUCUCACCAACAUGGCUUGUAACAAUCAAAAAUGCAUAAAUCCUUGUCCUGGAACGUGCGGCAUCAGAGCCCAAUGUACCGUAGUCAAUCACAAUCCGAUUUGUUCUUGUCUCUCCGAUUUAACCGGCGAUCCUUUUACUCAGUGCUUCCCGAGACCGGCAGAACCUCCAACGCCCAUUAAUCCUUGCAUUCCAACCCCAUGUGGACUUAACAGUAGAUGCGAAGUUGUGAACAACGCAUACUCGUGCUCUUGCUUGCCAGAAUUUAUUGGUGAUCCACCAAAUUGCAGACCUGAAUGCGUUAGCAAUAGUGAAUGUCCUACGCAACUAGCGUGUAUUAAUCAGAAAUGUCGUAAUCCAUGUCCGGGCUCCUGCGGUAUUAAUUCUGAUUGCCGAGUAAUAAGUCAUACACCUAUGUGCGUUUGCAUUCCCGGAUUUGAAGGAGAUCCGUUUAUAUCAUGCAAUCCUAAGCAAAGCGAUGUUAUAACUGUAAAACCAACACCCUGUAUUCCAUCACCGUGCGGUUUUAAUGCGGUAUGCCGCGAAUCGAAUGGUGUCGGUUCUUGCACUUGUUUAUCAGAUUAUAGAGGCAAUCCGUACGAAGGUUGUCGACCCGAGUGUACGAUAAACUCUGAUUGCACCGCGGACCGAGCGUGUGUCGGAUCGAAAUGUCAGAAUCCUUGUCCAGGUUUCUGUGGAUAUAAUGCGAUUUGCCAAGUAGUGAAUCAUGCGCCAUUGUGCACAUGCCAACCUGGAUACAGCGGCAACCCGUUCGUUUCUUGUAACAGAUUUGUACAAGAUACGACGUUAGAACGUAAUCCAUGCAGUCCUUCUCCCUGUGGGCUUAAUAGUCAGUGCCGUGAAUUAAAUGGUCAAGCAGUAUGCUCUUGCUUACCCACAUUUAUUGGAACUCCACCGAGCUGUCGCGCGGAAUGUACUGUCAGCUCCGACUGUCCCGUAAAUCGCGCGUGCAAGAAUCGUAAAUGCGUUGAUCCAUGCCCCGGAAUUUGUGGUAUUAACGCGAGAUGUGAGGUGAUUAAUCAUAGUCCGAUUUGCAGUUGUAACCAAGGUUUUACCGGCGAUCCCUUCGUAACGUGCUUCCAAACGCACAUAGACAAAGAUACCCCUCAGAUGCCAGAAAAUCCAUGCGUUCCAUCCCCCUGUGGUCCGUUUGCCAUUUGUCGCGAUAGUGGCUUUGCGGGGGUGCCGACGUGCACAUGUCUGGAAAAUUACAUUGGUAGCCCUCCGAAUUGUCGACCAGAAUGUACCGUAGAUUCUGAAUGCAGCAAUAAUCGAGCCUGUUUAAGACAGAAAUGCAGAGAUCCAUGUCUAGGCUCUUGUGGUAUCGGUGCUCAAUGUCUCGUGGUUAAUCACAUGGCCGUUUGUCUUUGUCCGAAGGGUUAUACCGGGGAUGCGUUUGCCAACUGCUUCCCGGAACCUCUUCCUGCAUCACCUGUAUCACAAGAUCCUUGUAAUCCGUCUCCGUGCGGAGCCAACGCGAUUUGUCGUGAUGGCGUUUGCACUUGUCUGCCCGAAUAUCAUGGUGAUCCUUACACAGCGUGUCGACCCGAAUGCGUACAAAAUCCAGACUGUCCAUUAGACAAGGCGUGCGUUCGUAACAAGUGCUUUGAUCCAUGCACCGGCGUUUGCGGGCAAAACGCAAAGUGCACAGUCAUAAAUCACACUCCAAUGUGCGCUUGCCCAGACGGAAUGUCUGGUAAUGCGUUUGUUGCGUGUUAUCUGGUUAUUCAAGAUCAAACUGUUGUUAAGAAUCCAUGUAGUCCGUCGCCUUGCGGUCCGAAUAGUCGAUGCCAGAGCUUUAACAAUCAAGCAGUAUGUACGUGUAUACUUGGAUUUAUAGGAAAUCCACCAGCUUGUCGACCCGAGUGCAUAGUUAAUACUGAUUGCGCAUUGAACGAGGCUUGCAUUAAUAUGAAAUGCGGCAAUCCUUGCCUUGGCGCGUGCGGUAUAUCCGCUCGUUGCCAAGUAUUGAAUCACAAUCCAAUUUGUACCUGUCCUCCUGUAUUCACCGGCGAUCCGUUCAUACGUUGCGUGCCACGACCGGAGGAUGUUCCGAAACCAAUAAACCCUUGCCAACCGUCACCUUGCGGCACUAAUUCUCGAUGCCAAGUCAUCAAUGACACGCCAUCGUGUUCUUGCAUGGAAGAGUUCAUUGGAACGCCACCGAAUUGUAGACCAGAGUGCAUUAGUAACAGUGAAUGCCCCAGCCAAAUGGCAUGUAUCAAUCGCAAAUGUAGAGACCCAUGUCCUGGAUCUUGUCAUUCUCUGGCCAAUUGCUAUGUCGUUAAUCACGUUCCCACAUGCACGUGUCGUGUCGGUUACACAGGCGAUCCAUUUGUUCAAUGCAUGAUCCUCAGCGAAUUACCGGCACCAAGACAACCUUGCCAACCAUCCCCUUGCGGAACUAACGCUAUAUGUAGAGAACAAAAUGGCGUUGGUUCUUGUACAUGCUUGCCCGAGUAUAUUGGAAAUCCCUACGAUGGAUGUCGUCCUGAAUGUAUUAUUUCAUCAGACUGUCGUGCGCACUUAGCUUGUAUCGGUUCAAAGUGUCAGAACCCAUGUCCUGGUUCAUGCGGUACCAAUACCAAUUGUCAGGUUGUCAACAAUAUUCCCGUUUGUACUUGUAUUCCUGGUUAUACCGGCAAUCCGUACAUAAAUUGCAUAUAUCAGACUAUCAGCAUUCCCGAGGAGAAGCGUGAACCAUGCAAGCCUUCCCCUUGUGGCCCCAAUAGUCAAUGCACUGAUAAUAAUGGUCAAGCCGUUUGCUCGUGCUUGUCUCAGUUUAUCGGAACUCCGCCAAACUGUAGACCGGAAUGUUUAAUAAAUUCAGAAUGUGGCUCAAAUCGAGCAUGUGUGAAUCAAAAAUGUGUAGAUCCAUGUAUCGGCACUUGUGGCCGUGAUGCUCAAUGCAAAGUUAUACACCACAGCCCCAUUUGUACGUGCGCGAAUGGCUUUACGGGUGAUCCUUUCAUCUAUUGUUUCGCAGCACCAAUUCCGAAACCAGAAGACCAAUAUCCGAAGGACCCGUGCUUGCCCUCACCUUGCGGCCCCAAUGCCCUAUGUAGAGCUAUUGGUAAUGCACCAGCGUGCAGUUGUAUGCAGAAUUACGUGGGCGUUCCACCUAAUUGCCGACCCGAGUGUUCAAUAAAUUCGGAUUGUCCUGCUAACAGAGCUUGUAUUAGAGAGAAAUGUAGAGAUCCUUGUCCAGGAUCGUGUGGCCUCUUGGCGCGUUGUUCGGUGAUUAAUCAUACACCAUCCUGCGUAUGUCCCGAAGGAUAUACCGGUGAUCCUUUUGUUAGUUGCAACGUUUUACCUCAGAUGCCUUUACCUCCCUCCGACCGAUGUAAUCCAUCGCCGUGCGGUCAAAACGCUCAAUGUAAUAAUGGAAUUUGUAUAUGCAUACCUGAAUAUUUUGGAGACCCGUAUGCCGGUUGUCGACCGGAAUGUGUGAUUAACACCGAUUGUUCUCGUGACAAGGCGUGUAUGCUCCAUAAGUGUCGCGAUCCAUGCAUCGGGACAUGCGGCGUUAAUGCGGAAUGCAUUGUUGUUAAUCACUUGCCUAUGUGUAGCUGCCCAAGAAGUAUGACCGGUAAUGCAUUUGUCUCGUGUACACCUCUUCAAGAUGCGACCAUUGUGGAACAACCGUGCAAUCCCUCUCCGUGUGGUCCGAAUAGUCACUGUCGCGUGUCAAAUGGCCAAGCGGUUUGCACAUGUAUUACCGGAUUUAGAGGUGCUCCACCGUCCUGUAGACCGGAAUGUCUCAUAAGCGCCGAUUGCGCUCGCAACAGAGCUUGCAGCAACCAGAAAUGCAUUGAUCCGUGCCUCGGUGCAUGUGGAUUAACCGCGCAAUGUAAUGUCGUAAAUCAUAAUCCCAUAUGCAACUGUCCACCUUUGUAUACGGGAGAUCCAUUUGUUCAAUGCGUUCGGCAACCGGAAGAACCACAGCCACCAGUAGAUCUCUGUCAACCUUCACCUUGUGGCCCGAAUGCGAUAUGUCGAGUUCUUAAUGGUGCCCCAUUGUGUUCAUGCUUGCCUCAGUUUAUCGGUACUCCACCUAAUUGUAAACCGGAAUGUAUCAGUAACAGCGAAUGCCCUAGUCAGCAAGCUUGCAUUAAUCAAAAGUGCCGUGAUCCUUGCCCAGGAUCGUGCGGCAGGAAUGCGGAAUGUAGAACUGUCAGUCAUACCCCGAUGUGUGUUUGCGCCGGUGAUUUUACCGGUGAUCCAUUUAUUCAAUGCAAUCCCCGACCAAUCGAUACUCCACUUGUUUCACUCAAUCCGUGCCAGCCAUCGCCAUGUGGUGCGAACGCUAUGUGUCGCGAAAUUUCUGGUUCAGCUUUCUGUACUUGUUUGCUGGAUUUCUAUGGAAAUCCAUAUGAAGGUUGUAGACCUGAGUGCGUAAUCAAUUCUGACUGUACAUCUAAUCGAGCUUGCAUAAGGAAUAAGUGUCAGGACCCUUGCCCAGGAACAUGUGGUAUUAAUGCCAUUUGUGAAGUUAUUAAUCAUAUACCAGCGUGUAGUUGUCAACCGAGAUACACAGGAGACUCGUUCAGAUACUGCGAGCCCGUACAAGAAACCCCCCCAGUGCCUAUAGGCGACCCUUGUCAGCCGUCACCAUGUGGUCUGAAUAGUCAAUGUCUCAAUGUAAAUGGAAAAGCCAGCUGUUCAUGCCUACCCAAUUAUCAAGGAACUCCUCCCGAUUGCAGACCUGAAUGUGUCGUUAGUACAGAAUGCCCUAUGAAUCGCGCGUGUGUCAAUCAGAAAUGCGUCGAUCCAUGUCCAGGUGUAUGCGGCAUUAAUGCCAAGUGUGACGCUCUAUCUCACAGUCCGUUCUGCAGUUGUGGACUCGGUCAGAACGGAGAUCCUUUCGUCAAGUGUUUCGACAUGCCGUUAAUGCCCACGUCACCGCUACAAGUAAAUCCUUGCGUCCCAUCACCCUGUGGGCCGUUCUCCGUGUGUCAAGACAAAGGAGGAUAUCCGUCUUGCACGUGCAUGUCCAAUUACAUUGGCUCACCACCUUACUGUCGCGCCGAAUGUUCAAUUAACUCUGAUUGCACCAGCGAUAAAGCUUGCAUCAGAGAAAAAUGCAGAGACCCUUGUCCUGGAUCCUGUGGCUUUAACGCCUUGUGCACUGUAAUCAAUCAUACUCCGGCUUGCACGUGUCCUAAUGAAUACACGGGCGAUCCCUUCAACAAUUGUUAUCUAACUCCCAUGCAGAUUCCCACAGUAACAUCAGAUCCAUGUAAUCCAUCGCCAUGCGGGCUUAAUGCUGAGUGUCGUAAUGGAAUCUGCAGUUGCACACCUGAAUAUCGUGGCGAUCCGUAUCGGGAAUGUCGACCGGAGUGCGUGCAGAAUUCCGAUUGUUCCCUUGAUAAAGCUUGCGCGAAUAACAAAUGCGUAGAUCCCUGUGUCGGAAUUUGUGGCCAGUAUGCGGAAUGUGCGGUCAUCAAUCACAUAUCCACUUGUAGCUGUGUCAAGGAUUACGAAGGCGAUCCAUUUACCCUCUGUAAACGUGUGCAACCACGUGCCAGACCCUGCGAGCCCUCCCCUUGCGGACCUAACAGUAUUUGCCGUCAAUUCGGCGAGCAAGCCUCCUGUUCUUGUCUACCUGGUUACUUCGGAAUCCCGCCAAGCUGCAGGCCCGAAUGUCUUGUUAGCACCGAUUGCGAGCAAAACAAAGCUUGCGUGAAUAUGAGAUGCCGCAAUCCCUGUGAAAAUGUUUGUGGCCAAAAUGCGUUAUGUGUCGUGCGAAAUCAUAAUCCAAUUUGCAGGUGUCCCGCUCAACAUUCCGGUGACCCCUUCGUCAACUGUUUCCCUAUAACAACACCGGACGUAGAACCUACCAGGAACCCAUGUUACCCUUCACCGUGUGGAUUGAACUCACAGUGCGCGGUAUCCGCCGAUAAUACACCCUCUUGCUCCUGUUUGCCCACCUUCAUAGGAUCUGCACCUAAUUGUAGACCCGAAUGCCAUGUAAACAGCGAAUGUCCCACCAAUCAAGCAUGCAUUAAGCAGAAAUGUAUCGACCCGUGCGUUGGACUGUGCGGAUUCAAUGCACUGUGCCAAGUCAUUUUGCACCAAGCCCGAUGCACCUGUCCCGAAUCAUACACUGGAGACCCAUUCACAGUUUGCUCUGAAAUAAUAUCGACUCCAGCACCGCCAAUAUCAUCUAGACCUUGUAGCUCUUCACCGUGUGGAAUAAAUGCAUAUUGCCACGAGAGAUUUGAUACGGCUAUUUGCGAGUGUAUGCCAAAUUACAGAGGCAAUCCAUACCAAGGUUGUCAGCCCGAAUGUCUCGUGAAUACCGACUGCUCGAAAUCGCAAGCGUGCAUAAAGACGAGAUGUCAAGAUCCUUGUCCUGGUACUUGCGGCGUUGGUGCAAUUUGUACCGUAUCCAAUCACGUACCCAUUUGUUCUUGUCCAUUGCCGACCAUCGGAGAUGCUUUUACACUCUGCCAAGUGCCAGUAGAAGAUACUAAGGAAACUGAUCCAUGCCAUUUAUCACCAUGUGGUCCGAAUACCGUCUGUGAAAAAAUUGGUAAUACAGCAAUUUGCAAAUGUUUGCCUGGAUUGCAAGGCGUCCCAACGAGUGUAACUGGUUGUCAUCCAGAAUGCGUUCUCAGCUCAGAUUGUCCGGGUGAUAAAGCUUGCAUACAGAGUAAAUGCAAAGAUCCCUGUUCUCAGAAUGUAUGUGGCAGCAAGGCGGUGUGUAAGACAAUCAAUCACAGUCCACUUUGCAGUUGCCCAUCUCCGCUAAUUGGCAAUCCCUUUGAGGAAUGUUAUACAAAGAUUGAAACUAAUCCUUGCAGUCCAUCGCCUUGCAAUUAUAACGGCGAGUGCAGAGUGAGAAAUGGUGUUGCAAUUUGUAUCUAUCCCGAGUGUGUUAUCAAUUCGGACUGUCCGCGUGACAAAGCCUGUUUCUCGCAGAAAUGCAGAGAUCCCUGUAUCAGCGCGUGCGGCAUUAAUUCUAUCUGUCAGACUGUUAAUCACAAACCUAUCUGUUCUUGUCCGGUUGGAUUUACAGGCAAUGCGCGAGUGCAAUGCACAAUUCCAGCCCUUGAAGAACCAAUUCCAGAAUGCAUACAAAAUUCCGAGUGUUCAAACGAUAAGACUUGCUUCAAUCAAAAGUGUAUUGAUCCGUGUACUCUAGAUUCCUGUGGUCUUAACAGUCGCUGCCAUGUACAAAUGCACAGAGCUAUAUGUGUUUGCCAUGAUGGCUAUACCGGAUAUCCUCAGCAAUAUUGUCAUCAACUCGGUUGUCGUAGCGAUAACGAAUGCUCAUUGAUUCAAUCUUGUAUUAACAAUGAGUGCAUUGAUACCUGCCUGGUUACACAGUGCGGUAUUAACGCAUUGUGUACUGCUGAUGGAUACCAUAAGACUCGAUGUUAUUGUCCUGACGGAUAUACCGGUAAUCCUUAUGAAAUAUGCGAAAGGCCCGAAUGUACUAGUGACAACGACUGCGCUUCAUCUUUGGCCUGCCGCAACUUGAGAUGCGUCAAUCCUUGUAACUGUCCACCACCGGCAUUGUGCAAUGUCGUCAAUCAUCGACCAGUAUGCAAAUGUCCGCCUGGUUAUGUGGGUAAUCCUUACACUUCGUGUCUUAUGGAUAUGUUAGAACCAGAGACUGAAUGUCAAGUCGACGCCGAUUGUCCCAGCAAAUUGGCAUGUUUCAGUGGUAUUUGUAAAGAUCCAUGCGCAGAAACGAAACCAUGCAUUGUUAGUGCUAAAUGUAGCGUUGUAGAUACUUUACCGAUGAGAACAAUGAUUUGUGAAUGCCUGCCGAACUUUGCCGGUGAUGCCACCGUUGCUUGCGUGCCAGUGGACAAACAAGUUGCUGCAAUAUGCGAGAGUGAUUCGCAAUGUAUAUCAGACAUGGCUUGUCUAAACCAUCGAUGCAUCAAUCCGUGCACUGUUAAUCCAUGUGCACCAAACGCAAAGUGUCAGAUUGAAAAUCAUCGCCGUACAUGUCAGUGUCCUCACGGAUAUGCUGGUGAUCCAUUCAUAAAUUGUUAUGAAGAAGAUGUAGUUCUUCCGGAAUGUAGAACAAACACUGAGUGCCCGUCUAAUAAAGCGUGCAUAAAUCAAUUGUGCCAAGAUCCGUGCUCCAGUAAUCGCUGUGGCCUAAAUGCGGAAUGUAUCACGAUCAAUCAUCAUCCUUCUUGCCACUGUCAACAUGGUUUAGCUGGUGAUCCUCAACUUCAAUGCUUUAGACCGGAAUGUAAGACAGACAAUGACUGUCCUUAUGACAAGACCUGUCAAAAUGACAAUUGCGUCACUCCGUGUCUCAUUGGCGAUAUUGUGUGCGGUCGGGGCGCGGAAUGCAGAGUGGUGUCUCACAGAGCUCAAUGCAUCUGCCCGCAAGGUACUCAAGGCGAUCCACGCGUAGCGUGCAUAUCUGCGAUCUGCCAUUACAAUGAAGAUUGUGCCGAUGAUGAGGCUUGCGAUAGAUUGAAUAGAGUUUGCAGGCGGGUUUGUGAUGAUGAUGCCUGUGGUGAGAAUGCGAUUUGUGUUGCACGUGAUCAUCAACCGAAGUGCACGUGUCCUCCGGGUACUACCGGAAAUCCGUAUAUAACAUGCAUUGGUGAACCUUCUAUUGAACCGGAAUGCACGCAGGAUAGCGAAUGCCCAUUGAAUCUCGCUUGUAUUAAUAACAAAUGUCAAGACCCGUGCGUGUCCGCCGGUAUGUGCACCAGUGAACAGGAGUGCAAAGUCUUAAACACAGUACCGCUUCGUACAAUGAUCUGCUUGUGUCCGCCGAACACAAUCACCGACGUUGACGGCCAAUGCAAACAGAUUGUGUUGAGCGAUGUACAAUGUCAUCUGGAUCAAGAUUGUGCCAAUCACGAGACGUGUUUGGAUGGAAAAUGCGUGGAUGCCUGUUUAACAAUUCAGUGUGGUUUUAAUGCGCAAUGUAAAUCCACGUCUCACACUGGUAUCUGCUUCUGUUCUCAAGAUUUCACCGGCAACGCUUACAUAGAAUGCAUAAGAGUUCUAGUCGCUCCAUUGCCAGGACCUCGACCUGAAUGUUACGCGAACAGCGAAUGUGCACGCGAUAAGCAAUGCAUAAAUUCGCUCUGUGUAAAUCCGUGUAUUGCUAGCGAUCCUUGCGGCAAGAACUCUUUAUGCCAUGUUGACAAUCAUAAUCCGAUCUGCAAGUGUCCGAUUGGCUACAUCGGCGAGCCUACGACCAAAUGUAUACCACCUGAAAUCACCCCUGAGUGUGUAUCGAACAGCGAAUGCGCAGGAAACUAUGCGUGCGUUAACAACGCGUGCAUUAAUCCAUGCAAUUGCGGACCCAACGCCAAAUGUAAUGUCGUAAAUCAUUAUCCUUCUUGUGUGUGUCUCCCGAGCUAUUCUGGAAACCCUCAAUUAGGAUGCUUCAAACUUGAUUGUGAAUCUGAUAGCGAGUGUGAUUACGCAGCGACCUGCUACAACGGCCAAUGCGUGAACCCUUGUAUCUUGGACAAUAAAUGUGCUAUCAACGCAGAAUGUUAUGGCAAGAAUCAUAGGUCAGCUUGUCGUUGCGGUUCGGGUUACUUUGGUAAUCCACAAGUUCAUUGCGAAAGAGUCGAAUGUAAUACUGACCACGAUUGUCCCUACAAUCUGGCCUGCAGCGAUGGUCGUUGCAUAAAUCCAUGUGCCCAGAAUUCGCUCUGUGCGCAGAAUGCGGUUUGCUACGUCCAGGAUCAUGUUGCGUCUUGCCGUUGUCCCGAAAAUAUUCCUCUAGGAAAUCCAUUCUCUUACUGUGAACGGCAUACCGUGGAGGAAAUCGAACAGCCGGAAUGUAGAAUUGACAUCGAUUGUUCGGACAAGUUGGUGUGCAUUCGGGAGAAAUGCAUUGAUCCUUGCCCAGUCAUCAAGCCAUGUCUGGAGAACGCUCGUUGCGACGUUCUCAACACGGUACCUGUAAGGACCAUGAUUUGCACAUGCCCAGAAGGUUGGAUUACUGAUGUCGACGGUGUAUGCAGGCCAAUACAACUGACGGUCGUUGGAACGUGCACCACGAACGACGAUUGCAGCGAUCGUGAUGCAUGUAUCAAUAGGCAAUGCCGCAAUCCUUGUAACUGUGGUACAAAUGCCGCUUGUUAUGUGAGGAAUCACAAACCUAUCUGCUCGUGCGAGCAGGGCUAUCAGGGCAAUCCUGAGAUCGCCUGUCAUUCCGUUGAGUGCCGGCAUAAUAGUCAGUGCACUCUCGACAAGACUUGCGAGAAUAACAACUGCGUAAAUCCCUGUCUAGUCGCAGACCCGUGCGGUACCAAUGCCGAGUGUUUCCCUAACAAUCACGUGGCCGAUUGCCGCUGUCGUAAAGGUUAUCACGGCAAUCCUCUGGAUCGCUGCCGCGUGAUCGGCUGCUACAGUAAUGGUGAUUGUCCGGGCGAUCACUCGUGUAUCAACAUGCAGUGCAUCGAUCCUUGCAUCCAUGACAAUCCCUGCUCACCUCGUGCGGAAUGCAGAGUUCUGAACCAUCUGCCAAUAUGCCGCUGCCCAUCAGGUUUUACUGGAAAUCCAUAUAUCAACUGCCAACCGGAAGUUAGGCCCGAGUGUAGAGAGGACAGUGAAUGUCCGGACUCACUCGCUUGUCUGAGCAACAAAUGUCAGAUUCCAUGUCCGAUUAUACAACCGUGCACCGAGCCAUCUGAGUGUCGGGUCCUGCCGACGCAUCCGAUACGCACCAUGGUAUGCGUGUGCCCUAGCGGAUACGUCAGCAGCGGUAGCGGUACUUGCCGAGCUACGAAACCGAUCCUCAAAAUCGAGUGCACCAAGGAUGACGAUUGUUCCCCGGAACGGUCCUGCGUGAACGCGAUCUGCAGGGACCCGUGCGCGUGCGGGCCUAACGCAGUUUGCAAUGUUAUCAAUCACAAACCGAUAUGCUCGUGUACGCUGGGAUAUGACGGAAAUCCGAAUAUUCUUUGUACAAGAGUUGCAGGAUGCAGAUCUGACGGCGAUUGUAGUGGUUCGCAUACAUGUGUCCACCGUCAUUGCGUGCCGGCGUGCUCGCCGUCUUUGGUCUCUUGCGGCAAGAACGCCGUAUGCCAUGGCAUCAAUCACAAGGCUAUUUGCGAGUGUCUACCUGGUUUCGGUGGUAAUCCUCGGGUCUCUUGUGUCCUGUUAGGGUGCAGAACCAACUCAGACUGUCCUACCAAUAAAGCCUGCAUUAACAACCGUUGUGAAAAUCCUUGUGUUCAAAACCCAUGUACUGACAAUAUGGAAUGCAAUGUUUACAAUCAUGUCGUGGAAUGCGCGUGCCCACCUGGAUACGUUGGCGACAUUAAAUCAGGAUGUACCAAGGUUAAAGAAAAGUGCAAAGCGGAUAAUGAGUGCCCGUCUCAGACCGCGUGCUUCAAUGGACAAUGUAUCAAUCCAUGUACUAAAAUUGCACCAUGUGGAAUUAAUGCCGAGUGCAAAGUCUUGGACACUAGCCCGAUCAGAACCAUGAUAUGCGAAUGUCUCCCAGGAUAUCGUGGAAACGCGAUUGUCCGUUGCGAUCUGGUUCCAGCGGAAGCGUGCCCGGUCGGAAAAGGACAGAUUCGCGAUGAAUACGGCAAUUGCGUUUGCCCGAUUGGAUUCGGCAAGGACGCGAACGACGUCUGUAUUCCUUGCCAGUCUAAUAUGAUAGUAAAUGAGGAAGGUUACUGCGUGUGCGACUUAGAAAAAGGUUUUAGCAUAGACGAAUACGGUCGCUGCGUAUGCCCGACGCGAUACGGAUACGGAAUAGAUGCCCAUGGAUAUUGCAGACAGAUUGAUAUAAUCGAGUGUAGACGUAAUGACGACUGCGCUGACGACAGGUAUUGUGAUAAGGUCACGCAUACUUGCCAGGAUCCUUGUAAAAAGCAGCAAUGUGGUGUGCACGCGCUUUGCAAUGCUACCAGACACCAAGCUAUCUGCAUCUGCGUCAAUGGUUAUUUGGGCAAUCCAUACACUCAAUGCUACGAUAGAAAGGAUGGUCGAACAGAUUUUCCUAGACCGGAAAUGGACGUAAGCUGCCUGUCGGACGGAGUACAGGUUGUAAUACAUUUGCAAGAUCAAGAUUUCGACGGAGUCUUAUAUGUUAAAGGGCGCAGCAAAGAUGAACAGUGUAGACGAGUUGUCUCUAUACCUGCCGAAACUAAUCACAAAACAGAGACAUUCAAAGUUGCAUUUGGAAAUUGCGGACUUAUACAUGUGAACGGACAAGCUAGCUUCGUGCUUGUUAUACAGAAACAUCCGAAAUUGAUGACCUACAAGGCACAGGCUUACCAUAUUAAAUGUAUAUAUCAGACAGGAGAACAAAAUGUUACCCUUGGCUUUAAUGUCUCAAUGUUGACGACUGCCGGAACUAUUGCUAAUACUGGUCCACCACCUAUAUGCGUAAUGAAAAUAGUUGCACAAAAUGGAAAUGAAAUUAACUCUGCCGAAAUCGGAGAUUAUCUAAUGCUCCAAGUUGAAGUUCAACCAUCAACUAUUUAUGGUGGAUUCGCACGAAAUUGUGUUGCUAAAACUAUGGAAGAUAAUUUGGAGAACGAGUAUAUCGUGACAGAUGAAAAUGGCUGCGCGACAGAUCCCACGAUAUUCGGAGAAUGGGAGCAGAAUCCCGAGACUCAGUCCUUAAUGGCUAGUUUUAAUGCAUUUAAAUUCCCCAGCAGUGACAAUAUAAGAUUCCAGUGCAAUAUACGUGUAUGCUUUGGACGCUGUCAACCUGUAAACUGUCGUGGUUACAAUGCCUUUGGCCGUCGUCGCAGAGACGUUGAUUCCGAUAUUAACGACACAUCUCUAAGUAUAUCUGAUGGAUAUGAAGGUCAACUUCGCGAAGAGAUAACUAUUCAAUCGAACUUAAUAUUCACUCUGGAAAGGAGAGAAGAGAGGUAUACAGCAGAUCCAGCUGAAGCUCCUUCAGCACAAAGAAUGGAAGAUAUCUGUGUUUCUAUGGUCGGCUUUAUCAUAGCAUUGAUAAUUACAGCACUUUUGGCACUGGUUGCUGUAGCUAUUGCUGUGUCAUGCUGGCUUAUGGCGUAUCGACGUCAGCCAAAGACUGCUGGACCACUGCCACACCCACCAGAGUUCCCAAAUCCUUUGUUCACUACUGAAUCUGUAGCUGAACCUUCUCCUGACUAUCACCUAUCAUAAGUCCCUUAGAGUAAUAUUUUAUAAAUAACAUAAAUUUUUAUAAUUUUUGUGGAAUGCAUCUCAGACCAUUCGUCCUAUUGGUCGGUUUUGUAUUUCUGUACACAACUCCUCCAGUGACUAUCACUUCGUCUUUUUGUAUUCUCUUCAAGUGUUCAAACAAUAAGUCACUGUUACACACUACAAGUCAUGAUAUAUAUAUAUAUAUAUAUAUAUAUAUAUAUAUAUAUAUAUAUAUAUAUAUAUAUAUACACACACACACACACUAUUUAUGGUGAUGGUUUGCUUCCAUUAUCUACUUGCGAGCAAAAACACGGGACUAUCUUUUCUUUGUAUAUCUUGUAUUAUUUUCUCUAGUCAGUGGAGGAUUUGUUAAAUAUAAUGCUGCGAAUUUAAUUCCUGUGUAAAGUCAACGAAUUAGUUAAUAUAGCUUUCUUAUUGCGAAAAUAGGUAAUUGUACAUUUUAUCUAAUAAAACGCUAACGAACUAUUUUUAAAAA